GUCGCUGCUGGUUUUGACAGCGGCGGGGGAGCUGGUGAGGAGGAGGAGGAGAGCGGAGGAUCCGUGUGGACCACAGCUUGCUGCUGCAGCGGCUGAGUGAGGGACGGACACACUGGCCGGGCACAGUCCCCCUCUCUCUCUCUCUUUCACACACACACACUCACACACACACCUCAUCCUUUUCUACAGCAUCAGCACAGACUGAGUGGCGGGGGAGGAAACGGCAGCCGGACGGUGAGUUUUCUCUAUUUUAUCAUGUUAGUGCUAAUAGUGAAUGUAUUUUCCCCUCGUCGUUGUCUUCUAUAUCACUUUGGGAAUAAUGGUGCAGUGGGUUUGCCAGGUCGGUCUAUUUCCAUCCGCAACAGCAUCCCGGUGAUGUUGCUUGACGAGGGGCGACCAGGUGCAAAUAAUCCAGCAAAUAUGGAGGCGCCUGACGCCGAUAGUCGUGUUUUUAUCCGGAUUCUGCAGAGCAUCACAGACAGACCAUUGCAGCUACUGCACUGCCUGCACACGCUGCAGCUAGAGCAACCAUGUAAGACAUCGUAUGGGGAGGGAAAGCAAUGUGUUGAUCGGCUGUUGUGUUGAAAGAGGCGUCGGUUCGUGCGUAUUGUUGCUGCUGCCGGCCGGUGCGGACAGGCCCCGCAGCACUGAGCGGAUUAUUUGAUGUCUGCAAGUGAUGCUGCCAGAUGUAAGUCAGCUCCUUCUGCUGUCAAGACAAGUCCUUUUACUCAGAGGUGGAAAGAAAGACUGCAGACCUAAGGCCUUGUUUUUAAUUGUAAUGAAUGGUUGGCAGGUGUGUAUUGGUCUGUAUAGGCUUUAACUGAUUCUUCUAUUCAACUAAUCAAUAGGUUUCAAGAAGGAUCUAGUUGUUUUUCUGUUAUAUAUGUUUUUUGUAGGGUGCUGGUGUUGUAUUUUAGGAUAACUGUAGGGAGUAGAUGAUCAUCCAAAAUUAAUGGGUUCUUGUUGUUGAUAGUGACCUGGUUGUAGUAAAAAAAUGAUUAGUGCUUAGUGAAAAUGAAAGAGUUUUUUUAAGGAUUAGGAGAUUUGUGGCUUCACCUCUAAAAAAAUACAUGGACUUAAAAUUCAAGAGUGGGACAAAAUAUCAAAACAACAAUAUUAUGUCAUCCAGACUGGUGCGAUGCAGUUAUUGAACCAUGGUUGCUGAAUCCUCAUAUUUUGAUUUAAAGCACAUUUGAAUAGAUUUUCCAUACUAGUUCCUUGCAUGGGGGAAAAUUACAUUAAUCCUGCAUUUAACCUUUAAGGAGCAUUUGUGUCCUUCAGAAAAUCCGAUACUUAGACGUGUUAUUGUAUGUUUGGCAGUGUAUCAGUUAUCACAAAUUCACUGUAUUUUUAAUUAACAUUUUCAACGGCAUAUCUUUCAUAUCUUAGUCUAACACAGUGGUUCUCAAGUCCAGUCCUCAAGCCCCCCCUGUCCUGCAUGUUUUGGAUGUUUCCCUCCUCCAACACACCUGAUUCAAAUGAUCAGCUCGUUAUCAAGUUCUGUAAUGGCUUAAUAACGAGCUGAUCAUUUGAAUCAGGUGUGUUGGAGCAGGGAAACAUCCAAAACAUGCAGGACAGUGGGCCUAGAGGACUGGAUUUGAGAACCACAGGUCUAAUGUUUUGAUCAUAUCAUGCCGUAAAGUAUUCACAUCAUACUUUAUCAAUUCAUGCUUCCCUGUAUCCUUCCGUAUCAAGUCUCAUCAUGUUGUAUUGUAUUGUACAUUGUAUCGUAUUGUGUGGUGUUUUAAUGGAUUGUUUCUCCUAGUAACAUGAGCCACUCUUUAGUCCUCAGCUCCACUGGAAGUCAACCCAUUCUUGAAAAAAAGUACCAAAAUCUGAUUAUUGUAGUCAAUGUUCAAGCAAAGUAUCAAACCCUCCAGUGUUAUCCUCUUUAUUGUUGAGUGUUUUUUGACAUUUAUGGAGCUUUUUACAUUUUUUUUGACACAUCAUUGAUUGAGUACCGUGCAUGAUGGCAUGGAUGUGAAGUAGAGGGUUAGGUUUAGGGGUCGGAGUAAGGUUAGGGUGGUGUCUGAAGGUGGUGAUGAUAGGAAUCCUUAUCUUUUUAAAACAGAAGACAAGUUGAAGAGUUAUCACUUUCUUCCUCAGCCAAACUUACGCAAGUACUUGAUUGCUCUUUUCUACACUAUGAAUUCCUUCCAAGCUCUUAUUUUCAAUCCUAAAUGCCGUGAAAUAAGCUAAGGCAAAAGAACUACCGUGUCUGCAGUACAAAAUUAUCAAUAUGGUGAUUAUUACUUUAAGGAAAUGUAAUGAUCAUAAAUGUUCUUCCUUGAGCUGCAUCACCCCGCUGCAGUCGGUGAUGGACUUGUCUGGGGUCUCUGUACAAACAAGUGGCUGCUGGAAGAGAGUGGGUGAGUUGUGUUUAGUCUCUUUGCUAAAGAAAUUAAGCAAAGCUAAAAAGAUGUUUGGUGGCUAGUGCUAUGGCUGGGGCCCUAUGUGUACUGUUGACAAAGUUAGGUGCUGCUCUGAGCAUUAUUUGUGGCUAUAGAGUGGCCUCAUGGUUAAGGUGUGUGUAUUGACUCCUUAGACCACUGUGUAUUGCUAUCGUGCGAUUGUUACAAAAGUUAUUGGUUGGUAUCUUCUGAGUAAUAUUUUGCCAAUCUGAAUCUGUGCCACAGUGCUAUUAUCAGACUGGUAACCUACAUUUGGAAAGUUCCAGUCAGCAUUUCAAAUUCAUGCGUGAGGGAGGAAAACACGAGCCAGAGAAGAUACAUGUCCCUGUUUGUUUUUCCCAACUUUACCUCUCUCAAGGAACGUGUGUGUGUUGCUUUAAUUGUCAGAGACAUUGACGUACUCCCCGAUGAAACAGGAGUUAUAUUAACCCAGUGUUCAUUCUUUAUUAGCCUCCGUAAUUUCCUAUUACUGUAAAACUCAUCCACUUAUUUUAAUGCAUCACAGCAGGAAAGGCACAGGUGUAAUCAAUCAAAGUAAAUGAUGGGGGAAUGCCAUUAAGACAUUUGGAUAGAGCUUAGCCAUCGUUAAUGAUAUUAGUAACACCUGUGCUUUUUGAAAAGGACAGCCUGCUGCGCUGACAUUCAAACACACAAUAUCAGAUCGUAAACUCACAUCAGGUUUCUAAAUCGGUGCCAUUUGGUGUAAGUUUCCCAUAAAGCAAAUACCUUUGUAUGUCAUCCUGUGCCAUUGCAUGUCAUGGCACUGCAGGUACUGUGUGUUGGCACCACCAUUUCUGCCAGCAAGCUUGUUCACCCCCAGAGAUAUCACAAGGUCUGACUUGUGACAGGUCUCCUGACUGUCAGAGCAGCAGCAACGGCAGGAGCACCGAAGCCAUUACUCACGCCAGAUGCAGUGUCAUCGUCACUCUCCCAGUCUCCCCGUUUCUCCACGGCCCAUUAGACACGAGUCAGGUGAUGGAGUUUAUACAUGGGGGGUUUAGGUGCAUUCUCAUUCUGCUCACUGCUGCCUUAAGUGAUGACACAAUUUACAGAGCAGGAAGAUGCAUAAUGUUGCUUUCAGGCAGUUCUGGGAUCAGGGGUCAAGUUGUCAUGCAAGUCAGGGGAGAUUGAAACUGUAGCCUGUGACGGUAUGAUAGUCCCCAACCUUUCUGGUUAUGGUUUUUUAUGGUGAACAGUUUUUGAAUCUUUUAUUUCAUAUCUUGAAUGAAUAGUCAGUAAGCUUCCCAUGAUAAGGAUGGAAAUAUCUUAAAAGGAUUUUUUUUUACUGUGAUUUCUUGCCAUAUUGUUGCAUCAGCCUUCAUCAGAUCUGUAUGUUAUUGCUAUUAGUUUAACAUCUUAAUCUUUUAGCUGAUAUUUGACAGCAGAACAGGCAAAUCCAGGUCAUAUUUUUAAAGAACUGUGUGAUAUUUGCUGCUUUUCUUGAACAAAAUGUGUAACCAUUUCAACUGAGAGCAUUUGCUUCAAUACCAGUUAUUGUCUCCAUGUUUGUAAAAUGGUAAAAACUAUAUCAAGAUCUCUUAAUGCUCAAGGAAGUAACUUUACUACAAAAAGUUGAGAUAAAAAAACUCACUUUACAGUCCUACAGAACAAAUAGGUUGCUGCCAUCAGAAUCUGCUGUAGUCUGUAUGACACGACCUUGGUUAACGUUUUUUUGUUUUCUCUGUGUUUGUUUCCGCGAAAAUCAAAUGAAACUGUUAUGAGAAGCACUGAAAAACCCCUUAUUUUAGAAGCUGAAAUUAGACUUAAUAUGCUGUUUUGCCAUUAAAAAAAUCACUAAUAUGAUCUUAUAUAUUUUCUAUUUCAUGUCAGGUACACUCAAGGGUGUAUCCUUGAAAUCUGAUCGGCCACCACCAACAACAAAAUCUUAAUUAUGGUGAAUUUUGGCUAUUUGCCUUUUUGGAGGUUACACUUUUGCUAAAUCAACUAUUUAAAUGUCGUUAAAAUCACAGACUGUAUAGUAUAUUUAAUUUUGUAAUUCCUUAAAGCUCCUAUAAGUAACUUUCAGUUUUCAUUGACUGUACCGCCCCCAUGGUGCCUCUUAACACUUUCCUGAAAGACAUGAAAAUAAAAAAAUCUCACCUGGUUUCUUCAAGAUUAAACCAGUCUUGUUGUUUAUGCUCCUCGAAAGAAAUAAUAUGAUACUUCAAUGUUGAUAGUCAAAGUAGAAAUGAGACAUUGAUUGGAAAAUUGAUAAUAAUUCUUAAUUCUUCUUUGUCCCAGUUGAAACAGUCUGGACUCACCCCUGACUUAGAUCCAUCUUUUAAUCCAAAAUACAUGAGACGUUUUAAAACCAAAACUCAUGAGGUGAUAUCUUUGAAUACUAAAUUUGGUCAUGACUUGAACUAAUUACUUCAGAACAGACAAAUAUUUAUGUAAUGAUGGUAUUGCAUUAUUAAAAACCUCUUGAAAACAUUAUUUGAUUUUUAAUAAACUGAGCCUUGAAGGAAUUUUAUUUAAUUCAAAAGUUUUGAUUAAUAACUUAUCUGAUGAUGCCAGUUUUGAAAAAUAUAAUCACUAAACUAUUAGCAUUAGCAUUUGAAUGUUUUUCUCAGAGUCCAUGAAAGGAUAUGAAAAGUUUCAUACUCAUAUUUGCAUUUUCUAGAUGGAUAGUUUUACUUGUAUAUUGUACACUAAUCUGUUGUUAUGUCUUUGACAGUUAGUCCCUGUGCUGCUCCAGGCAGGCUGUCACGACAUAGAAACAAUGCUUCUUUUUUAAUUCAUCCCCAGAGGUUAUUAAGCUCCCUGCCAACAUAAGCAACCAGCAACCAAGUAUGCAGGUGCUAAUGUUAAUGAAGUCAUAGUGGGUGCUCAUCUCCUUGGUUGUAUCUAUAGAAGCUGCGGCCAAAUAAAUACAAUUAACACAGUGGGUUCUUCUGUAGGCUUUGGGUUAAUAGCAUGAGCUCCCUGUGGGGAUGAUGUGGGGGGCAUGAGCUCACCCCAGAUGGACCUCCAGAUCCUCGGCACACAGCCGGACAUAUUAGGGUGGCUGUUUUCAUCCAGUGACGGGAACAUAUUAAAUAUUAAAUUAUAUUGACUGGCUGAACUUUGAUGAAAUGGUAAAUAAGUGAGUGAAAAGGCGCGUCUGGAGAGCCACACUCUGCUGGAUAAUUCUGAUGAGAGCAGAUGCUGUUGUUCUGUGCAGCCUCCAUGAAAGACAGAUGGUUUUUAGAGUUUUUUUCUCUUAUUUUGGAAGAUGAUGUAAUUGCUGGGAGAUUGGAGAGACCCACUUUUGAGUACAAUGAGAGACUGUGGGGAGUUGUGCACAUAUCUACUGUGUUGGACAAUUAAGCCUUUAAGUUUGAUGUGAAGGGUAGUCCUACUAUAUGGAUAAAUGCAUCCUAACUAAAACUUGGGGGAAUUUCAACAUUUUAGGACAACAGGGUUAAUAUAGAGAAUUACUCAUAUUAGUUAUAAAUAAAAGAUAGCAUCAGCACUAUGUUGAAAACCUACCUCAGAAAAUAACAGUAGAUACAGUUUGGAGCUAAGGUGAUUUAUUCAGAGAGACAAAGGAGGAAGGAAGGAAAGAAAAUGGAAAGAAGGGGGCAUAGUAGAGAAGGAAGAGAGCAGGGGAAGAAAGGAAAGAAAUAGCAGUGAAAUUUGGAAACUGUAGAGAGAAGGAGAGGGCAUGAAUGGAAAUGAAAAAAGAUGGAGGAAAGGGCAGUAGGAGUAAAGGGGAGAAGGUAAAGGGGAUACAAUAGAGAAAAGGGAAAAGACAAAAGAAAUGACAAAAAGAAGGAAAGAAACUGAGUGGGAAGAGAAGUUUUCAAGAGAAAGCAAGGAAAGCAAAAGGGAGAAAAGAAAAGGGAAGGAUUAAGGACAGAAAAUGCUGAGAUGUCAGAAAAGGAAAAUAAAGGGGAGAGAAACAAAAUUAUUGGUUGGAGAAAGACAGAGUCAUGAGGAAAGUGAAAAAGGGGUGAAAGACAGAAAAAGGAUAUAACAAAGAGGAAUAAAUGGGAAAGAAGAGGGGAGUGGAAAAAAAAUUAAAAUCAAAUGGCUGGGAAGAGGAGAGAGAUAUGCAAGGGGAAGAAAAUUUAGAGGAGAGGAACAAAGGAAAUGGGGGAGGUUUAAGAGGGGAGAGUAAACAGGAGGAGAGAGAAGAAAAGCCCAGACUUGGGGAGAACAAAGAGGAGAAGAAUAAAUAUACAGAAGGAAGAGCUGCAAUGAAGAGGUAGAGGAGAAGAAGAAAAGUAGAAACCUGCUGCUGAGAUCUCCAGCUGUGCCGGGCCACAUCUGAAAUACAGCAGUAAAGUGGAAAUUAAUGAUAUGAGAUGGAGCCCAGCAGGCUACUCCUCUUUGGCUUAGACAUAAAUGAGACAUACUGUGGAUGUAAGCACCGGCAUGAUAAGCUGACUCUAAAGGUCAGUAAUACUCAACUUCUCACCUUGACAUGUCCGACUGGGCACCUUCAAAUCACGUAUAAUGUCACCAGUGGGUUUGGGUCUGGUUGUGGGCUGCAGAUGAGUUGUUUCUGUGGAUCAGGUGGACGGCAGAUGGGUGAGUGGGUGAGUGCAGAGAAGAUGCCAGACUGGUAGUAGCUUUUACUUGCUGAGCUUAAAAAAACAUAUCAGCAGAUUUGCCUGAACGGCUGAUUUAAUUUUGUAUUCUGAGCCAUAUGCAGGCAAAAGAUUAUUUCUCUUCACUGCAGUUUUAUUUUAGCGCUCCUUGUUGUGAUUAUCGUUGCCGUGAGAUCUGUGAAAGCCAGAAAUUUGGUUGGAUUUCUGAGGUUAAGAUACUUUUCUUUGCAGAUGAUGCACUCGUUGUUAAUAUGCCGUAGAGGAAGGUAUCAACAUCAGGGCUGUUGUAAUCCAGAUUUGACAAGAUUUAAUUUUGAAUACUAAGCCAUAUGCUUUUAGAUUUAUUUUUGGCACUUAUGACUGUUAUUGUAAGUGGUGGGAAAUCCAUGAAUAGCCCAAAAUUUGGUUAGAUUUUGAAGAAGGCAUACUCCUUUGCAGAUUAUGUGCUAAUUUAGCCUUGCUAUGUCAGGAAGGAGAUACCAUGAGAGCUGAAUGUUGACCUGAAUUUAGAAGAAGCGAGAGGUUUAGGCUCUUUAGAGGGAAAUAACCCCGUAAUGAAAUAUAUCAAAGGCAUAUGGUUGUUUACAGGGCUGUAUUAAGGCAAACAAAGAGGGAAUUUCCAGAUCCCACUGGUGGUGGGCUUAAUUCAUUGUACAGUAAAGGCUUAAAAAUAAUAUUUCCCCCAUCCGCCUCAAUCUUUGUCACAGCUCUAAAAUGAUUAGUGGGGAUUUGGGUCAAAGAAGCCAUUAACACGCUGCUCUUAUCAUACCAUGCACCCAGUUAGUUCAAGCAAGCAGUAUCACAUGGCCAGAUUGAGCCAACCAGCCGUUACAGUCGUCUUUCAAGACGUCUGCUCAGUGAAUAAUUGAAUCCAUCAGCUCAGGCUUCUUCUCUCAUAGGUAAAUAUCUUCAGACCCCAAGCAGUGAGAUAGAUUUGAUGGGGGAUUUAUCUCAGAACCUUCACACAUGGUUUGUAGAGUGUGUAAUUAUGCAUUGCUUUAAUUCAUUUGCCUGAAGCAGAACACCUACACAGGACCCUAAUGCUUCCUGUGGCCAGACUGGUGUCACUGCUGUGCAAUUGCCUGUACCUUCAAUCCGCAGAAUAGAGUAAAGUAAUGGUGUUUUAUGACUGUAUCUGAGUUAUCCAUGACCUCCGUUAUAUCAGUGUGUAAAAGGUUACACUCCAAAACAUUGGUGGAUUGAUGCUCCGAGGCCUCGUACCAUCAUUCAGGGGAACUUGUGUAGAAGAAAAUACCCAGUGACUCUGAUUGUAAUUGUUCGGUUGACUCUUUUCAUUGAGCAUCUGCUAAAUUUCAGUGUGUCUAAGGUGUGGCUCCAGUUCAAUGAAGCUUGCAUGUGCCCCUAUCCUACUUGUCUGACCAGAGAUGAAAAGGCCUUUCUGAGGCCAGCACGCCCUCAGAAAGUGCCCUCUUGCUGCACUAAAAGACCGCCUUUGUCGGAAAAGGCGAACUGUCCAGUGAGCAGAUGAGGAGGAUGGAAAACAGAAGCAGUUCUGAGUGUGGAAAAGUCAUUCAUCAAUUUAGGAUGUGUCUGUUAACCUAUAAACCAAUUAAACCCAGACAGAUGCCCCCGUUUAUGGGCUUAGAAGAGAGCUCUUCAGUAUCUGUCCCGCUAACAUAAUUCACUUAUUCCAACUUUUAUCUCUACUUCAACUCAACUAUCUACAUGUCCAAACUGGAAACCACAAAUAAUAGAGACUUACAGCCUGACUUUUACAGUUUUUGUCAAAGCGAAACUGAUCUGAAUUUAAAAAGGAAGAACACAAAACCAAAUGCUGAUACGGUAACUGUUUACAAUAACAUUUAGGUCAUUAAACAUGUGGAAAAUGUUUCAAGGCAUAGCUUUCUUAUCAGGGUGUAUUUUAUGUGCAUUACCAGUACAAGUCAGAAUAUUUACAUCUGUUUUCAUUGUAGUAAGAGAAGCUGAAUGGGAUGAAGAUGCUCCUAUCAGUAGUGUCAGAUCUAGCAGGUCAUGACAACGUUACAUUUGUAUGUGUGUGCAUAAAGUGAAUGCAAUACAUUAAAAAACACCUAACAAAAAGGCAGAAAAACUACACCCAGAACAAAAUACAUAAAAGAAGCAGAUAAAAUAUACAUUAGAUAUAUAGAAUGAUCAGUCACAUAUGCUGAGGCAGUACAGUAAAGUCUGAACUACCUGAUAAAAGAAACAGUAAAGGCUACAUGAAGAAUGGGCUAGGAUGCAAAGAUACUUUACCUUCAGUGUGUAACUACAAAGAAGUAGUGAUGGCAGGACUUUGUUACAGAGUUGUUGCAGAGUUGGCGUGUGUGAGCAGACAGAAACAAGCUCAUACUGAUGUAUCUGUGAUUGGUCGAUGUUGGCAGGAUUAUAUCAGCCCACAAUUAUCGUUCAGUCCCAAAUCAGACUCCUCACUCUUGUAGACAUUGACAUUGCACAAACAAGACUGCUAUGGUAGAGCGAAAUUUUUAACCUUUUAAACUUUUUUAAGUAAGAAAUGACCAGCUUUUGAAAAAGCUCAACUCUCAGUACAUGUGUUGUUAAAGGGAUAUUCCGUCGUAAAAUUAAUUUAGGGUCAAACACACCAUAACACCAAGUUAGAUUCCUCUUUAGAGAUCAAAGUUGCCAACCGCUUGCUUCUCUAAUUUUUUGGUUGGGGUUUGUUUAUGGCUCCUCAGACUGCUGUGUAUUGCUAUCCUGCGGUCGUUACUAAAGUUGGUAUAACUAGAGACACCCCUCAUCUCUCGAGGGGUGUCUAACUCAGUGUUACGGUGUGUUUGACCCUAUAUUAAUUUUACGCUGGAAUAUCCCUUUAAUUUAAAGUUUAUAUGCUUUGUCUUUCAGGCACUGAGACAGACAAUAAUGAAAAAUUAUAAAAUAAGUACUGACUCAUUUAACCAAAUGGAUGGGUUUGGAUUAUUGAUUCAGCAGUCACUCUUUGGUCAUUUACUCUUUAGCUUUAGACGGCUCAUUAACUCAUUUUAAUCAGAUCACAGCAUGUGUCUCAUAUUAGCUGGCCCUCUCUGGUCCAGGCUAUGAGUACUACAACUCACCGUAAGAAUAAGUCAUAUCAUGUUUGUUCUUGCUCAGCAUCAUUUGAUGCUUUUGGAUGUUGGCCCACAAACGUCAAUGGGGUUUCACAUCAGUAAUAAUUGCCCCACCCUGCCACUCUGUCCUCUCUGUCUCUUUCACCCCUAAAGCUGCUGAGCUGGCUGGUUUUUGGGGCAGCUGGAUAUUCGGCUUUGUCCUAUCAGAGCCGGGCUGCUUUAGUCACCUUGCCUUUUUGUACCCUGAUGUAAUGUAUUAAUAGCUGCUGGCUUAGCACUCUCACUUAUUACAGUUAACAUGCAGCAUGACCCACAUUUACUCCAGCCGGAGAUCUAUAUAUCUUGAGCCCAGUUUUUUAAGCUUACUCUUAAGAAGUAUGAAAGUUUUCAUCAGAUAUUUUUCUUAAUUCUUGCCGGUUUCAUCAGAGUUAUAAUUAUUCAUAUCAGCUUAACAUAAACCUAUGUUCCUGUGAUUCUGUCUCUGACAGUCACCGGCAUGCAGUGAUCAAAAAGAGGCGCAGAUUGUGAUCAGGACACUCGGCCAAAUUAGCUUUUACCGCCGCUCUCCUGAUGUGUGUUCUGCAGGGAAGCGAUAACCCUGAUGUCCCAGUUCAGAUUACAGACUUACAUGUGUGCGGAGAACCUCGAACAGCAAGAUUGAUAUCAAACUCACUGCCUGCACAGGAAUACAGAGAGGAAGGUCUGCGAGUUCAUAGGGAAUUAUUUCUUUUGGGUCAAAGGUAAGUCAUUCGUCCCGUAGAAGCAGGAAUUUAACAUCUGGUCCAAAUCGCAACCAAUUUAGCAAUGUGUAAAGCACAGUUAACUGUUUUAUUUUGAAAGAUGUGCUGCUAAUCCUUUUUGUGUAACGUUUAACAGUAUAAGGUUUCUUGCUUACAUUAUGAAAGUGUUUUCACGAUGUGAAGCAGGUACGCUUUGUUUGAGAAGUGUGGGUGGCUUCCCACUCAGUAAUAGACGGCUAUUAGACGUCUAGUUUUUUUUAGACCUAAUUCAACCGUCUAGAUUCUGUAUAUUUUUUAAUGGAAUUUAGACGUCACACUUUAACACAUUAUUUGAUAACUAUUAAUUUCAAACAGCAGCUGUAAGUUGCAUUACUGAUCUCCAAGUACUUAACCAAAAUAAUUAUGAUAGCCGUUGAGCAAUAUACAAUGUAGUAUAGAUAGCCCAGGUUUUUGACUUGGUCUAAACUUGGUCUAAAUCUAGAUGUCUAAAAAAACUUUGAUUUUUAGACCUGUGGUAGCCUGAUUUUAGACCAGUUGUCUAGGCUACAUUUAGACGUCUACUAGACCUCUUUUAGGCCAAAAAAUGCUCAGUAGGUUGGUAUGUCUUAACCCUGGCUCUACAGUUUGAGUCAUUUCAGGGAAACAGGGAUAUUCAAUCAUUACUUAUUUAGCACUAAUUCAUAACAAAUGUUACCUCAAGACACUUGACAGAAAGAGCUGGUCCAGAACAGACUCUAUCGUGAUAUUUACAAAGACCCAACAUCACGAUGGAGUAAGACUGAGUCCCAUCUUGUAAAAAUCAGACCCAAACUUAUCCCAUCUUAAUCCACAGUAUGAGGCAUUUAGCAGUUAGCUUUAUAAUAGUGUUACAAUUGGUUGGCUGAUGCUCAUAGUUGAAUCAGCUGGAAAGCAGGCAGGUCCUCCAGAUGAACCUACAGGAUGAGGGAGUUCAGGUACUGUGGCUGGUGACUUUGACAUGAUGAUUCAGAGUUAAUGGCACACAGAGAGAUAGAGGCUUGAGAAGGAAAGACAAUAUCAUCCAUGGAUGAUGAGAGAGCUUUGGCCUGCAGUGAGUCUGAGUGAAAAUGUUGACGCUGGAGACUUUUUAUGUGCCCUGCUGUUGCUGUGGAAACACAGCUGGAAGCUUGGUGUUUGAUGCUAAUAUGCAUCCUUGAUAGGUGAGUGGAAAGAUUGAUCAUGUUGCCCAGUUUAUUUAAUUUCACCACGGCCUACUCUGCAAACAGCCUCUUGUUUAUCCUGGUGCACAAAAACAAAAUGUGCCCACACCGAUGACAGACAGCUUGGUGUUUUAUGGAAAAAAAACAUUUUUGAAUAUAACUGCAGAUGUUUGCAUGUUCUUUGAGUUGUCGCCUUCAAUCAGAGGUAGAAAGGUUGCUCAUUGUUGUGCACUCGGUUUGUUUGUCCCAGCAUUUUCCCACCACAUGCUCAUUGCUGGUAUUGACCCUCAACCCACUCUGUCUGUCCUCCUCUCUCUGCUCCGAUCCAUGACUCACAAAGUCCAUUUAACCAUUAUACCCCCGAACAAUAUUGAGUGGUAAAAAUGUUCCCACAAAUAAAGAUGAAGUGAUGAAACUUAGAGAAGAAAGCAAAACUUCAGUAUUUAUUUGGUCUGUUUUUUACUAGAGCAAAGGAAAGCCCUCCAUUUCUUUAAAGCCAUUUAUCCAUUACAGCUAUGUGAAAUAUUACCUGCAAGUUAUUUAAGCCACAAAAAGCCCAUUACUAACUAGAAGAGCAGCUACUUCUCUAAAAUAGGUUUCACAUACUCUUCCCACGGUGGUUUCCUCCAUGUGCGCUCACAGAAGCAGGUAACACAAGCUAUCAGGUGUCCGGACAGGGAGUGUCCUUUAACUGCUGGAUCACAUGACUGUCACUUAUUUGGUCAGUGAAGACACAGUUUACCAUUUCUCAGUCUGGAAACACACAUCAGUAUUUGACUUAAAGGCCCAGUUUGUGGUUCCCUUUUUUAUGAUAUGUUAAUACUGAUAUGAAUAGCGGGCCUUUGAUGCUAGUCUAAUGCUUUUAAUGGCUCCGCUUUUCUUAGUGUGUAACCAUACAUAAAUCCUUUUCCUCGUUUCCUCAGAGACUGAUGGUUUCAGGGAAGACCUGUCUCACAUUGGGCUGAACAUCAAUGGGUAUAUAAUUUAAACUGCAUUGAAGACCAUCCUGAACCCAACAGGAGGAAAAGAUGUGUCAAGGACAUUAAUGGUGGUUUUUAAUAUCUUUGGCCAGACCACGACCUAACAUUAAAGGGAUAUUCUGGCGUAAAAUUAACUUAGGGUCAAACACACUGUGACACCGAGUUAGACACCCCCUCCAGAGAUGAAUGUUGCGAACCGCUUGCUUCUCUAGUUAUACCAACUUUAGUAACGACCGCAGGAUAGCAAUACACAGCGGUCUGAGGAGCCAUAAACAAACCUCAACCAAAACACCACUCUAUAGCCACAAAUAAUGCUCAGAACAGCACCUAAAUUGUAAAUGUUCUUCCUUGAGCUGCGCCCCCCCACUGUAGUCCAUAAUGGAUUUGCCUGAGGUCUCGCUACAAACAAGUGGCUGCUGGAAGAGAGUAGGUGAGUUGUGUUUAGUCUCUUUGCUAAAGAAAUUAGUCAAAGUUAAAAGGAUGUUUGGUGGCUAGUGCUAUGGAUGGGACCCUUUAUGUACUGUUGAUGAAGUUAGGAUUACAGAACAUAUUUGGGGUUUUGGUGCUGUUGAUCAGAUUAGUGGGGACAAUAAAAAAGCUACAUGUGGCUUUAAUACGGGAUUAUAAUAACGGGUAUAUUAUUAAGUCAAAAAUAAUCAUUUUCAUUGCAGUCUUGUUCUCUCGACCCUCAUUCUUCCUACAAUAACAGUUUACUUGCUUGGUGCAUUCUGCAAAAUAUUUUGACAUUCCCAUCUUGCCUCCUGAUGUUAUUUAGCAAUACUAAGAAAUGGAUUAAUGGAUUUAACUAAGGCAGAAAUUUACUACGAAGCCAACUACUUUACAUAAUACCAAUUUCAUAACAACACAUUGGCCUCUGAGCUUGAAUUAGCACCUUCAAACAUCUGAAAACGCCCCGAAAAAUACACCAACUUUGGGCUGAGUGAGUGUUUGGGCUGGCUCCCUCUGGCUAUGAGAGCGUCUUCCUCUUUGAAUAAUUGAUAUCUUCUCAAAUAUAUAUGCAAAAACAUGUCUCUUAUCUCCUUGCUUAGAAGCACUGCCACUGCUGUAGUGUAUCAAAGCCAGGCCAAAAAAUACUGUACCACAAGAUGAAUUAUUGAGAGCUCUAUCCCGUCCUGUCACUUGCACUCAGGAUCCUCGACGUAGCAGGGUCAAAGUGGAGAUGAUUGGGGAUGUGCUGUGCUUGUUUUGUCAGAGAAAUUGGGUUGGCGUACGUACGUUUUUCAAAAUCAGAGUGAUGGUUGGUUUGUGGCUCUGGUUCUCUGAAGUUUAAUUCUUCUUUCUUUCACCCUCCCCUACGAUGGAAAGCUGCACAAACAUUGGCUUUUCUCACCCUAAACAAAUGCCCCGGUAUUCACAUUAACACACUGAUUGAUGCUGUGUGUCAGGUAUCACCAAUCCAUAAAGGCCAGCACAUGAGCUUGUAUUGACACCCGCUUUAUUGAUCCGAGGAUCAAGCGAGGGGACCCCGAGGGCAUCAGAAGGAAGACCCCUGUAUUAAGCUGGCCGUGUGAUCCUCCACAAGCUCAUUAACUCAGGCUGGACGGAGUGGAGGGGGUUAACUCGGUUUAUCUUGCGCAGCCAAAAUCCCAGCAGUCAGACGAGCGUUUUGUCCGACUGAAGCUCCUCAAAGAAAAGGAGGAUUCAGUUCCAAUUAUAGCCUAAUAUUUCCAAGAGACACAGAGCUACUAUCAAACUCAAUACCUCCUUUCUUUUGGCUCAAUCCGACUCCUCCUCGAGUUCAGUUUUUGGCAAAGCCUAAGGAGAGAAAAGUGUGAGCUGUAAACAACUUUGAGGCAGUCAAGAUUCUGCUUUUCUUCUUAAAACAAUGAUGUAAUAGUUCGAUGGAGUAACGCGGUAAAUAUUCCUCAAACAAGCUCAACCUGAAGUAGACUACUUGAUAUAAGAGAUGGCACAUUAGUACAGAUGGAGCUCAGGACUGUCCCAAUGUAAACCCUGUGCUGCUUUGCUGCGGGGUACACUCAUUAGCUCAGACAGCAUCUGUUUUUAGAGUACCAAAGUGCUGAGUGGAGCCUUUGUAUAGAGAGAGCUGCAGCCUCUGUUAUACAGCUGGGUUCGCUGCUGCCUAUCUGGCCUGCGACGAGCUCAGCGCCAUCGGCCAACACGGCUGCAAGGCCCUGUGGGCGGGAGUGAAUAGCAUGUGAAAAGCCUAUGUGUGUGUGUGUGUGUGUGUGUGUGUGUUUGCAUGCAACAGGAUGAGUGAUAGCAAACUGCAAGGGUCGGCUGUUUUGGUAGGGCUGUUGCAGGGGUCCAUGUAUGGUUUUCCUCAUAGCGUUAUUGAUCUUGGAUCAGACUUUUGUAUCUGCUUUAAAGAAGAGACCUGCAGUCAUUCAUUUAUGACCUAUACUGCAGCCUGUCAACAGAGGGUGCUGUUCUUGGAGUGGUUUCAAGUUACUUGUUUCUUUUAGGGUAACUUGUUACGAGGGAAAGUAACUUUAUCAUUGUUUUUUUUUACUCAAAAUUUUCUUAUUAAUGUGUUGCCUACCUUACUGGAGAGCCAGGGACACUGCCAGUCCUCUGGCUUGCUCGAUCAAGCUUUUGUUGUUCGGCUGGAGUGGCUCCUCCUUUGGCGUCAGCAAAGAUAACGUUAGCAGCAUCACCUGUGUUACCUUCAGGGUCUUUUUCAACUAGCUUGGUAGAUACGUGUUGUUUCUGAAGAUGUUUCUGAAGAUGUUUCUUUAGAUUAGAAUUGCUCAUCUUUGAUGUGGAUAGAGUUUUCAAACCUCCACAUAGAUUACAGGUCACCACAAUAUUCCUCCUCUUAUCUUUUACUGUGAGAAAGGAAAAAUAAUGUGCAUAUUUCCAUGAGAGAAAUCCCACGUCUGGACCGUUGUCAACUGCAGCCAUUGUUGUUUUCAUUCAUCCACUUGCACUUCCCUGAGUCACAUGUGCAUCAGGUUCACCAAGGAAAUUAUAGUCCUGAGUCAUGCACGUGAAGUAACAAGCCUGUUUAAAUCGCAGUAAUGAUAAAUGAAAGUACAAAAGUACUGUAGUUACUGUAAUGCAUUUCUUAUUAACGUGUUUGCCCCAAAACUAAUGGUAACAAAACAGUAUGCUUAAACUGAAGUAAGUUGAAAAUGGCCAUCCUCUAUCACUACAUACUCUCAGAUUUCUGCAUGUAUUUGAGCCAGUCAUGUUGAUACCAAGUACUGUUAAAAGCAGCCAUGCUCGAGACUCUUAGAGUUUGUAUUUCUAUAGAAAUUCUCACAAACAUGUUGUGCAUGCUUGAAUUCAGAGAAAUUGCAACUUAAACCAUUGCAAUUGAAAUUAUUUGAGAGAGCUUAAAAAGAUCCUAAAGAAAUCGGCUGAAGUAUGUAAAGAUAAUGCUCUGGAGUCCACUCUUGGGAGGGGAAGAAAGGAAGAGGUGUUGAUUACAGUCUUUGGAGGACUGGUCAGAGAUUGGCAGGUGUGAAAGAAGCAGCACUCGAAAUAUUGACUUUUUUCCGCUUCAAAAGCCUCACAGGGGUGUCAGGAGAUUGGAUAGUUCUAGUCAGUUCUGUGCUGUGCAAAGAUUGGUGUCAAAUAAUGAGGUUAUUGGGACACACAGACACCGUCUUUGUUAUCUGUGGUGUCUCAGACCUAUCCAAUUUGCAUAUUAAAAGACAUUUACCCAAAAGGUUUUAAAUAGCAAGGCUUUUGCAUUUGCUUUUGGACUCUCAGAGCCUCUCAGACGAGCUCAGGCUUUCCGGUGAAUUGUUUUGUCUCCCGAAUUUGACUGCAGGUUGAUGUUGUGCCCUUUCAAAUUUGUUUAAUGAAAAUCAGGGUAAAAGUGGGGAGGCAAAUAAAGCAGGCCUGUGUCUCUGUGGGAGAAUGCAUAGGAGCUGCAAAACACGAAAGCAUGUGCUUAAUCUGUGCUACAGUGAUUCUUCACACAACAUCCCUGCAGAACUGAACCAUGACGGCAUCCAAAUAAGUUCAACCACGCUGCUUUAUAUCGUUUUGUGCACAGGAAGGUGUGGUCAUGAAUCACGGCUGAGACAUAAAUCAGCAGCAUUCGGUACAUCUGCACGUAUCCUUUUUUUAGCCACAUUAGUGAAGUUGAAAGCUACUGAGGCGAAAGCCAUGCGGUGGGGCUGUUGAGUGUUUAUUUGACCUGGAGUGCCGUAUACAAAUAAAGCAAAGCAGCGAACAUGAGAGCUCGUGCUCACUGUUGCUGUUUUGUCUACUACUAGCCCCUAGUCUUCUUUUUUAGAAGUGCACUGCUAAUGUCAAGUCCACCCAGAGUAGUCAAGUGUGUAUUUCUAGAGCUUUCACAUUCAAUCCAGUGAACCUGCUGAGUGCAGCGCAAUUAGUCACUCUGAAUUAGCCGAGUACAAGCACACCCCACUCCAAUCAGGCUACUUGUUAUUAUUUCUCUGUCUGCUGCACUGUAGCUGUGUAAUGCCAAAACUGUUGACUCUGGUGACACCUCCAUUGCCUUCCACAGAUUCUUAUCGUCCUAGUCCAGUAAACAUGAGCUUGUUUUCUCACAUUGAACUGGACAUAAAUCUGAAUUUUAAUAUCUGGGGGGCACCAAUGGUCUAGAGGUCUCAGUGCUCAGCGUACAGAGGCUGUGGUCGUCAUCGCAGUGGUUGAAAAACUUAGAGAUGCACCAUUACUGUAUAUAAGAAGGAAGGCAUGCCCUUGUUUCCUUACACUGUGAAGGCCAAAGCAUCCAGGAUCCGUAUUGAGCACGUAACGUAAGCGUCGUGUAUCACGCAGCAAAUAGGUUGCCGUUCUGACCAAUGAAGUAUCGCAUACAGGAAAUGGAUCAGAUCCGUCGCAGCUCCGUAUCAGAAACGUAUCGAGCGUGGCACUGCUAAAGAUACGCAUCAAGUCUAUUUUUGCUACUCUACGCUUCCAAUCCGCAUCAAUCCACACAGAAAAGAUUGUUCUAGACAGGAUGUUAAGCACAAAAACCUUGCGUACCAUCCGGUAAAUUUCAAAAUAAAACACUGUAUGCAAACUCUCAACUGUGUAUCAGUUUGUGUAGAUGAGAAAUACUUCCUUGUUAUGGAUUUAUCAGUAACACAGAACAAUCUGAUGGUAAAUCCCUGAUCCAUGUGGACCCCAACAGGACUUUUAACUGCUAACUCUGUCUGAAGGUAAUAGCACAGCAUAAAGGAACAUAGUUUACUUUAUUAAACACGAGUAAACCUGCAAAAACCGAAACUGUAAAAUCAUGUUGCUUUUUCACAUAUAGUAGAGGCUCAACGAUCACUGAAUUAUAUCCAAAUAAGCAGGUAAUCGACCACAAAAAGGCAAAACAACCUGUUGGGAGGAUGUUGUUUCCAGGAUACUGAGCCAAGCUGACCGGGGCUACACUAUGCUUCUGCCACGCUCCAAAUACGCAUCCUGUAUACCAUACCCAGGGCUGCUCUACUGAGCAAAUAUGGAACACGCUCAAUACGGAUCCUGUAUGUUUAUGGCUUGAGGCCAAAAGGCUGCCUUGACAAGCACUGGUAUUGUGCUGGUGCAGUCAAGCCAUGGACAGAGGCGAUGCAAUCUCUACCUGUCCACAAACAAGAAUAAACAUUUAACUUUUCAAUAAAAUGAUGAACAUCCCAGAUAAAGGUCGGCGAACAACACAAGAUUUUUGCCCUGAUUUGAAUCAGACACUCCUGCAUUUGUAUUUAUUACAUUCUCCCCUCACAAUUCCCCGGUUUAGUUUCAGCCCACAUAUUUCAACACUGCCCAUCACUCAUCUUUUAAAAUCAACUCUAUUAAGGCUGACAUCAGCACACUAACAUGCUUGUUAAACUGAAGAAACGGCAGUGUUCAGGAAAGCUUGUAUUUUCGUUAGCCUCUGAGCAUCCUUGAACUUGUGAGUCAGCAAAAAAAGCACAGCUGAUGGGAAUGUCUUGAAGCAGAAAGUUGAACACUUCUUUAGAGGACACCAUGACAGGAAUCCCCUGUCUGGAUACAAGUGGAGUAAUAUAUCAUGAUUUUCUCGACAGAGCUCUGACUUCUCAAUAAAUCAAAGGCGGUAUUUCUGAGGCCCCGUUUACAAUGAACCCCCUAACCCUAACCUGAGUGUAGUAGUAGUUAGGUAAUCCAUUCACGCACAGAGGUCAUGAGAGAAAGAAUCCUGCUGAUAGUCAAAAACAGCAGGUUUCACCUCGAGGUGAGCAGCUUGAAGGUGUCCGCGGCUCAAUCUUGAGCUUGGUUCAACAUGCAGACCCAUGAAUAAUAAUCUAACACCAGGACACCGUCUGAUCCCUGAUCCAGAUCCACCUUUACAAACACAUAAAAAAACCAGAGGGGUACUCAAGUAAGAUGAAAAACUAAGAAUGAUUCUCAAACUGUAGUUUGGUGAUGUUUUCUAAAAAUAGCAGCCCCGUCAUCUGCUGCCAUUGCAUGUCUCUAGUUUUGAUCUACCUUCAAAGUGCCUCUAAUCUCAUGAUUGCUGCAGGAUAUACCAACUACACAGCUGCAGCGGGCUUUGUUCAUGUUGUAUGAGUCGAGCAAAGCAGUGAGGUGCAUACUAGUUAGACAGAGCAGCAUUUUGACACUACUCCUCAUUCAAUUUCUUGUUAAAUCAUUAAAAAAGCCACCUCAUUUACAGUAGACUCACUUGGUAACAGCUGCACUGUCAAACAGAAUGAAACUCAGACGUGUUUCAGCAGCUUCUGCGUGAGCUUGUCACUUCUCCAUCACAAUGUGAAGAUUUUUUUUCUCCUGAGAUCAGAGAGAGAAAUCCCUCUUCACUGUUGUUACUGAUACUAGCAGGCCUCAGUCUCUCCAUUCUUCAUCUUCUACUUUCCUCUGUUUGAUGAAAGAUGGGUGGUCAAUAUUAGGCGUCUCCUAGGCAUCCUAUAGGUCUAUACCCUCCACUGUUUGCCCUCCCUUGUCAACAGCCCCCCUUUGUUCCUCACACUCUCAUUUCCACGUUUCCAUUUCUCAUUUCCACACUGCAUCUGUCUCCGUCUUUGUCUUUCCCUCGCUGCUCCUUUUGUGUAGUUCCUCGAGGUGUUGGCUGCAGGGGCAUUUUUUCUCAAACGUGUUUCUGACACAUCACGUCAACGAUGGCCGAGCUCUGAGAGGCUAAGCACUUAAGGCAUUAUUCUGCUUGACUCUCACAGUAGCAACAGGGCUUAAACGCAAUAUAUGUAUUUUUUUUUUGUGCCUUCUUGUGCUGAAGUUUUACUGCAUGAAAUAGAUUAGACAAUGCAAGGUUAUUUGUAUAGCACCAUUCAUACACAAGGCAAUUCAAAGUGCUUUACAGAUGCAAGGAAAUAUAUUUAAAAAAAUUAAAAAAAAAGGAGAGCUUGAAAAAAGACAAAAUAAUUUAAAAUCAUAAAACAAACAGAUUAGUAAUGCUAAUUGGACCCAACAAACGUCUUGAAAUUAAGUUCAUAUGUUUCGUAGUAAUUACCUCGGUCACUCUCCCUCUUUUUUCGGGGUAUGCAGAGAUACCUUCCUAAUGUGGCACAUGAAUUAUAAUCAAAAAUGCAGUUAAUUAGUCUUGGACAGACAUAUUCAACUGUUUCUGGUAUCAUUGUAUACAUUGUUGUAAUCUUGCUAAUGUUUUAGAGAGUUCUUGUGGUGAAUCUAGCUGCUCCCAGAGUAAACUGUUGGUUUGUGUCCAUUUUGGCGUCCCCCUGUAGACAAAGUAGAAUCUCUGAUAUCUCUGCUGGUCUUGUCCUGUAACUGUGAGGACUGUCUUCUUUCUCUCAAUAGUCACGUACCUCUCAGAAAAUCUUUACGGUGGAGGGAAAAAAAAGGUUGUUUCUGCAGUAAAUCACUUUACCUGACACCUUCCCUGAAGCAGUGUUUGCAGGCAUCAAAAUAAAAGCAUAGAAAGUCAGUUUGCAUGUCGAUGGUCCUGUUUGCUUUUGUAUUCAUUUGCAUCUCUUUCAAAAUCCCUCCACACAGGCAGUGUUGUGUCCUUUUUGUUGCUGAGUGGCCUGAUUGUGGCACUCAAUCAUGUAAGGGUUCAUCAAAUCUGCACACACAUAGAUAUAAAUGGUAUUUAUUGACCCUGCCUGUCUACAAUAUAUUCUUUUAAAAAUCUAAGAAUUUUCAUAUGCGGGACUUUCUUGUGUUGUUCUUGCUGCUUUAGCCACAGAUGCCAAAAUAUAGGCUAAGUUUUGCUACUGUAUUUUACUAUUAAAGGGAUAUUCCGUUGUAAAAUUAAUUUAGGGUCAAACACACCGUAACACCCAGUUAAACAUACCCUCGAAAGAUGAAUGUUGCCGACCGCUUGCUUCUCUAGUAACACCAACUUUAGUAAUGACUGCAGGAUAGCUACAAAAUGGCUGCUGGAAGAGAGUAGGUGAGUUAUGUUUAGUUUCUUUGCUAAAGAAAUCAGGCAAAGCUAAAAAGAUGUUUGGUGUCUAGUGCUGUGUCUAGGACCCUAUAUGUACUGUUGAUGAGGUUAGGUGCUGUUCUGAGCAUUAUUUGUGGCUAUAGAGUGGCGUUUUGGUUGAGGUUUGUUUAUGGCUCCUCAGACCGCUGUGUAUUGCUAUUGUGCGGUCGUUACUUAAGUUGGUAUAACUAGAGAAGCAAGUGGUCGGCAACAUUCAUCUCUGGAGGGGGUGUCUAACUCUGUGUUACGGUGUGUUUGACCCUUAAUUAAUUUUACGCUGGAAUAUCACUUUUAGGAAUCUAAUCAAAUGACAGCCAACAGUGAUUGCCCUUCAAAUCAACUAUCAAGAAACCGCCAAACUUCUAGCUGCUCUGGAUUGCUUUUUUAUUCGUGCAGAAGCAUCAGUUUUAAAUCUAUCUAAGCAGGCAAGUAUGCAACUAAGAGUGUAAGCUCGACAUGUUGGAUUUAUCUUUUGUGGGGAGCUGUGGUAAACCCACAUGGCGUCUUUAUUAAGAGGGACUUAAACUCAGACAGGUCUUUCUUGUAUCCAUGUGUAGGAAUGCAUCUUUGUGUUAAAUGAGGUGUUAGAUCCCCCAGCAUCACCUCCAGAAGCCCUGCAUUAACAUAGAAAUCAAACCUUCUGGCUGGUUUCUCUCUCACUGACUGAUUUAAUCCAUCAGGGCGUCAUAUGGCGAGAUAUUUCAUCUGCAUUGAUGUUGGCCGACCUGCCUGUCAAAUCACCUUUUUUUCCCUCUCCAGUCUGUUUAUCCAGACCUCACACUCUUCUGUUCAUCCCCGUCGCUCUCAUGUUCCCUGCUCCCUCUCUCUUUAUGCCUCACUCUCGCUCAUAUACACUCCCUCCUCUGCCGGCGCUGUAAAAUGAGUCUGAUGAUUGGAUCCAAUCCCCUGAGAGAUCUCAUACCUGGACACUUUUAUAACACACAUGUCUCCUUUCAGCUGCAGGAAGCUUAGCAGAGGAUCAGCAGCAGAGGAAUGCUGCUUCCUACUGUUCUUUAAUCAUGAUUUAUCUCCCCGGUUUGGGUCGUCUCUUUACUGUUGAGGCAUUCUGGAGGACUUCAUUGUGUGCACCGUGUGGACUCUAGUGGGAACUGUUGCAAUGGGGGAAUUGUCCCUUUAACCUCUGGGAGGGAGGAGAAAAAGAAACUUUCAGGAGGCAGUAAAUCUCUCUGAUUAAACCCUCUGACUGCAUGCUCUUUCUGUGAGGCACUGGACUGUGUUUGUGUCGUCUGUCAUGUGAAGGAUGCACACAGACUGAUGAAAUUAAAAACCUUCAAACAGCCAUGGCAACCAAUCCCCCACCCAGAGUCAGUGCCCAACACCCACAUUAGGGGAAUGUAUGGUUCUGAACUCAGCUGUAAAGGUCAUCCUGACACAGGUCUGUGAGAUUUUUCCAUCUAGUUUCACCUUUAGCAGCACAGAGGUGAUUGUAGAUUCUCUUGUUUUUAUUCUUUCUUUUGCUAUUUAUGGGGAUAUUGUUUUACAAGCUCAAUAUAGACAAGGAACUAUGCUUUUAAUCUGUGCUUUAUUAUCACCCAAAGCUGUGUUUCCACUAAAAGUUCCUGGAACUGAAGCUACUUCUUUAAAAAGAAUUCAACAGCGCCUUUGUCCACAGUUGUUUGCUUUCCAAGAGGUUAGAAACCUUUAUUGUCAAACUACUCUUUUGAAGUCUGAGAUAGUCUUUUGAGUGGUGCAAGUACCUAACCAAUCCCAAGUACAUGCCUUUGGGACCUUUUUGGACCCUGGUUCCAUUAUUUAGGUGAUUUUUGACUGUAGGGACUUUCCCUAUGAACCUUUUUAGGAACUUUGUAUGGUUCAACAUACACAGCCUCUGCUUAAGAUUAGGGUUAGGGUUAGGGGGUAGUACUUUUUGAUGGAUCAGGGCCUUAAGAUUUUAUUUCCAUGAAAAAAAAAGCAGGUUGUCAGUUUUCAUAUGAAAUACUAGUACCUUUAAAUUUGAUCCCAUGUGUGUACAUUAUUUUCCAUCUCGGGACACUUUUCAACAGUUUUACUCCAUCUCCAAAUACCAUCCCUGGAUGUCAUUGGCCUGUCAGGAACCAUUUAAUUCCUUAAAGAGAAGUCCCUGGAAUUAAAAGUUUUGGAUGCUUUUAGUCAAACCUUAUCAGUCAAAAAAGCACCUUUAGAAAAGUGCUUUGUACCUCCUGUCAUCCUUAAUCAAUGGGAACGUUUGAGCAUUUUGGAAAUGCAGCUUUAUGUUUGGACUUUUUUUUAAAGCAGAUCUUUGUAACUUUGUUUUAAUUGCAAUUUGUAAACUGCCUCUACGUAUAGGUUUAUAACACGGUGACAUGGUGCACUUAACCCGACCUGGGGACCAUCUUAAUUAGGCCAUUCAUCAUUCCCAGUGACAAUAGGUACAUGUAAGCAGAUGUUCUUGGACACAGAACACACACACAGUCAGAGCGAUAAAUAACCCUCAGGCCUCCUACAGAAUCACACACAGAUGGUAUGUCUGAUGCUUGAGGAAGAGCCUUCAGGCUGCAGACAAACAGUCGUCGCUACCCAGGUGCUGCUGCUUCUCUUUCUGACUACCAAACCAGCGUGGAUACAUGUCUCACAAUCAUAUUUUCUAUCACUGCUUAUUUUUGACUUUCAUUUGAAAUGCCUUUAGUCUCCUUAUUGCAUUAAUGUGCUGCCAAUGCUGAUUCAUAUUUGUUUCGAGGAACAUUUUGGACAAGUGCUGCUUUUGUGUUUUCCGUUAUUUGCACUGGCUGACUCCGGGGCGACUGCUAUGUGGAAAUCAAAUGUGUUCUCAGGAGUGAAAUAGUCAGCCUUCAUUCUCGGCAGCCUGAGCAAUGAGCUUUGAGCAAUACAGAUAGUGUUCUGCUGUUUCCUUAAAGGUUUGAUUCUGUUACAAGCAUGCUACAAUGUGAUAAACAAUCGUGUAGAUGGCGUUUUAAAAGCAGCUUCCUCCCUCGCUGUGCUCAGAUUUAUACUAGACUUAAUUUACUUGGAAGGGAUGUUCAAUGGCGUAAAAGCUUGAACUGUAAUGUGAUUACAACUGAAAAACCACAUCAGUCAGAUAAUUACACAGAAUAACACACACUUUCUUGUGCCAAGUAUACUAUAUUUGCCUUUUUAUAUAUUUGCCUUUAUUUUAUAUUCUUGGUUGAAUUUGAAGCUGGUUAAAAGUUGAAUUUCCAUCUCUAACAAUCGGUUUAGCUCAAAGAAAUUUCUGCUUGUGGGCAUGAUAAUGUCAGUUAUUAACCUUCUAAAUGGAGGUUCAAUUUCCUGCAAAUUUUUAACACAUAAAGGUAGACGUGGGUGUGGAGAGCAUGCACACAGUCAGGGUGUCUAUGUGUCUUUGGGGACAGCUGCCAUUGUGCAUGAUAGCUGGGGCCCCCAGUUAAGGGGGAUUAUAGCACACACAUACACACACACGCGCAAACCCACUUUUCUAUUCAUGCCUGGGGUCAGUUAUUUUAUCACAGGCUGAAAAUCCCCCUUCCUAUACCCCACACACCAAAAUACAUCCAGGCACAUGCAGCGAAUCGGUUCCCGGUGGAUCCAUAAACUCAGCCAGCUAAUUGAAACAGCAGAUAAUGAAUCAGAGCGGGGUUGUCCCGGGCUCUGGGACAUAAGGCUUUGCUAACCAGUGAGGAAUCGGAUGGUAGGAAAGUCCGGGGAAUGGUGGUCUUGACUCCAGGGGAUGUUUCAGUUUUCACAGAGCUUGUGCUUCACAUUUAUAUGGUUGUCAUAGAGAUACUUGGUUCAGAUCUAUUUUUGCUUCAUGGUUUCAUCUGAAGAUUGAAACAGAUUCAAAACAUUCCCUUCACCUUUAAUAACUUUAGAUUCUGAUAAUUGCGUGGUGGCUUUUUUUUCUUGUUUGAUUGUAAAUACUCGGAGUAAAGGUCUUUACACACCGGGAACGACGCAAAUAUACGGCGCAAAAUUACGAAAUAUUCAGAGGUGAAUUUUGACACGCCUGACUAUACAAAUCAAGCGCGAUGCGAUUCUGCGACUUUCAGGGGGGGAAAGAAGACGCGUCCCGGGUGGAAGCAAGAAGACUGACACAACAGCAGACUGACUGUUUUUCAGUUCUGAUUAGACACUAGUGUUGAGAUGUCUGUCUGUCAUGAUAGCAUGUACUGAGUCGGGGCCAGUACCAGAUACGCACAUAAAACUAUAAUCCAUAAGCGUAAAGUAACAACUGAGACCUAAUGGUGCUGUGACAGCAAAGUGAUUGAGUUUGAGACAGUGAAAAUACAUAUGGUAUGUUGUAUCUGAACAUGUUAGCUUACGAGCUAAAGUUACUCAGCACAGAUGAAAGUUAAAACAAAGACGUUUAGCAAACUGUUAAAACACAAAACAUCGUCAUAUGAGAAAUCCGAUGCUAUUACUCUCCACAAGCUGUCCUUCAGGUCGUUAUCUUUGUAAUAUUUGUGUUUUUUUUUUUCAAAAAGCACUCUGUUCUCCGACACGUAAACAAUUAGCCGGAUUGCCAUGUUGGAUAUACCGGUGAAUCUGACGUCGCAACAACACGCAAUCUGUUUGUUUAGAAGUGGACACACAAUAUGCAGAACUUAAAAAAAUUCGACAGUGAUAUGAAAAAAUAAAUGCUGUAAUAUUGCAGGAUGGGAAAAUGUUGCUGAUGUGAACAUUUGUAUUGACAGGAUACGGGUUCGAAAAAAAUAUUAAUGUCCAAAAUGUUCGCACGAAAAAAACGCUCCCGGUGUGUAAGGACCUUAAAAGUGGAGAAUGGAAUUAAUUUAAUUAAUUUAAUUAAAUUAAAUGGAAUUAGCUCACAAAGCUAGUCACAUUUUUAAACUUGUUCAAACACAGAUAGGAAAUAAGGUGUUAAUCAGUGAGCCACUAUACUUGUUUGUGUGUUUGUUAGCUUCACAAAGAGCAGGGUGAGCUGCCUAGUGUUCAAUUUCAGGCUAACCAGCUCCUCCUAGCUAGGUAAAGCUAGAUUUUAUUUUGUUUUUGAUCAAAUUAAAAGGGAACUUUUGAAAAUAUGUUCCUUUUUGUUGUCUGGUAUUCAGGGAUCUUUCUUCUUCUUCUUCUCUUUCUCCCUGUUUACAUGUUAAAUCCAGAGGCUAUUUUUGCUGUCUUCUCUCUUCUUCCUCCCUGCUCUUCUCUGUAUCUCUUUCCACCCCCCUCUCAUGCGCUCUGAUGAUGAAGCGCUUUUAGAUUUUUCUGUUAAUAAUGCAUGUUUCUGGUUCCCACCCGCCUGUCAUUUUUUCAUGUGUUUUCUCACUCUUUCUCCCUGCACUCUUUUUCCCAUCAGCCUCUCUCUCGCUGAGAUGCCUGAUGUCUCCCAGCAUUCCCGUCACUGUUUAUUUUCACCUGCGUGUCUUCCCAUUUUCUCCUAUCGUUUGCAUGGUCUCAGUUCAGUUUGCUUUAGUCCAGCAAAGACAAGUUAAUGUCUCCAAACUCAGAAUUCAAUGUCAUUUAAUUCAUUGUACAAGCACCAUUUCAGGUUAAUGUCCACAUCUUUGGAUCUGGUGUUAUAUGCAGAAAUGAAGCAUUUGAAGAUCUCUUUUUUUUCUCCUCAUCUCUCUCUCUUCGCCCCCUUGUUUCCAUGGUAACCGGUCACAGCUUGGGGUUGGGUUCCUGGCGUUCCUCCAGUUCCCCCCUUCCUCUCUUCCUCUCUCUUUGACAGAAGCUUCUCACUCAUGUCACCGGGAGGAUUUCAAAGACCCCUUCCUCAUCUUUUUACAUCAUCUCUCUGGUUCAAACAGGUCGACCUCAGCUUAUUAAUGUACACUCACAUAAUCCACUGCCUCUGAGCUAACCGCACUUUUUAAUGGCUCCUCGUCUAGAUGGACCCACGUUUAUUGUCUGUCACAUUUGUUUUGCUAAUGUGAGAUGAAUGGAGGGUCUCUCUGGAGAUUAUGAUAAUGCAUUCACGGUCAUGUAGGGAGGCUCAUUUGCUGUAGGUGGGGGUUAGCCCAUGUAUGUGUGUGUAUGUGUUUGCAGGGGGGGUCUUUCAUUUGUGGGAGUCCCCUGCUGGAGGUAAAAGUAAUAAAACACAACCGGAGACAUUUUGGUUAUUGAUUGGGGGGCUUGUGUUCAGCGAGACACAGUCAUUCACCAGGAAUCCCCCUGAGAGCUCAGAGGAUGUGUUCAUGUAUUCAUGUCACACAGUGUGUGGCACCGGCCCAUUUUAAUGAAUGACUUGUGUACGCUUUGUCUCAAUUAUACGUUAUUGGCUUGAUUUGGCAACAUUUAUUAGAUUAGCUUAGCACUAGCUGAAAAAACCAUUUGCUUCAGUAAAUGUCAGUACAUAGAGUAACAGAGACCACACAAUUUAAAGCCAAAGAUUAAAAAAAGCAAAAUCAGGGACAGUUUAAUCAUGGUGGGUAGCUUGUUCCUCAAUUCUGAAAAAGCCUGGGCAGGAGUGAUUUGCAUCCUUACUAUUGGGACGACAAGAAGCAGCUGGUUAGCAAACCUCAAUGACCUUGAGUAGGUGAAAAAAUGAAAAGGGUUGGGGAUGCACUUAGGUGCUAGCUCAUUUAUAGCAAUUUACAAACAGAAUCACCAGUGGCCACACAAUAAGAUACUAUCACGAUACUUGGGUCACGAUACGAUAUUAUUGUGAUAUUUAACAUUUUGCAAUAGAGUGAGUGUUGCGAUACAUUAUAAUGCAGUUAUAUAAUUUUCUCAACCGUUUAGCUUAUUUAGCAUUUGGCUUUCCUUUAUGUUUGUCUUAUUUACGCUGAAUUUUAUUUUCAUGUAGCACAUCUUGCAAACAAUAUAUAUAUAAUUGUUGCACUAACUUUCUUCUGCUCUGUGAUGUCACCUUUGCCAACCUCACUGGACAAACAGUUGAUUUUGUUUUUCUGUUAUCAUAGAUUUGACUUCAUAUUAAUAGCAAUUGAUUUGAAAAAUCGAUACCCGGUAAAUGAGACAAUACGAUAUACCACCAGACAAAAUAUCGCGAUACUAUGCUGUAUAGACAGAGGCAAAAAAAUGGGUAAUAUGCUCAAAAUUUCAAAAAGGUAUCUACAGGUGACUUCACAUCAGAGCAGGCAAUUACAUGUGAGGAUCCCCAAGGCUCCAUCCUGGGGCCUCUUCUCUUUAACAUCCACAUGCACUCACAGGCUCAGAUUCUAGAAAACAAGUAAAUAAGUUACCAAAGCGGUGCAGAUGACACACAGUUUAUUUAUAACAAUGUCGCAAAAUUUCCUUUACCUUAACAAAGUUAAAGGCUGUUAAGUUUGCCCUAGAAAAGUAGCAGAAAACACACGAGUGCAUGGGCAUGCAAUACAAAAAACUGCAUUACAGUUGUCCAAAAGAGUUGAAAUGACAUUAUGUGUGAAAUAAUCUUAAUUAAAAACCAUAGAUCUUAAAAACAAGACAAAAUCACAAAAUUUCUGUUCAUCUGAUUUAGAACCUCUGUCAAAUUUAGCAUCAAGAUUUGUAAAUGCAGGUUUUAUCUGUGGUUGCAGGGAGCCCAGGUACUUAAAAGAGGCCUCACAUCACACACCAGGUUUAAACACCAUACCUUUUUUGAAAAAUAAUUGUUUGUCAUUAAAACCAUUAAGACCAGGCUUUACUUUUCUUCCUACUGUGUUUGGUGUCAUGAGGACAUAAUCCAAGUUUGUGAGCUGUUCAGUUCUUUCAAUCGGGGGUUUCUUUGCCAAAUGAGUUGUAAUGAACAUCUGUGCUGCUACAGAAUGUCACAGGAGAUAACGUUGCAGCGGUGGUGUGAUGUUUGAUAAUUGUGCAUCAUUAUUGGUACAAGUCAACAAAGAUGUAAAGCUGAUAAAAGAAUGGGAGGAGUUACAAGUCUUGUUUGGCUGAAAAACAACCCAAUUCAUGGCUUAUUUUCUUUUCUUAUUGUUGCAGGUUCAAACCAGUUCCUGAACAGAAAUUGUGGCUGAGAUUAAAUCCUCAAAGGUAAGUCAGCAACUGCAAGUGAAUAAAAUUUAUUUCUUUUGCUGUUGCACCUCUUACUUGGCUGUGAUGUGAACCACUAACAUCCCAGGUUCAGUGAAAUGAAAACAGUAACUCUGUCUUUACAAUUCGCUCUCACUCACUCAUGACUCCACUGCAGGUGCUCCAGCUUGCUGAUAGCAAGUCUGGCUUCAUGUACUGUUUUUUCCCAGUGAUAUGGGCAGUUUUGCUUUGUGCGGUUCAUGCCAAGAGGAUUAUUGCUCUUAAUGCAUUAACGCUGGGGAUGCAUGUGCACCAUAUAGUGUGACUGUAACUGACUGGAACAUACUUUUAUUUUAAAAUGUAAUGCUGGUUAAAAACCGCUGAGUAUUAGGUUGUGUCCUGUAGCUGGUAGCGGCUGCUUAUUGCCCUUUACAGUCAUGUUGAAAAUGUGCAGCAAAAGCAAGGAUUCUUUUUGAACAAACUUAAAGCGAUAUUCCGGGGUAAAAUUAAUUUAGGGUCAAACACACUGUAACACAGAGUAAGACACCCCCUCAAGAAAUGAAUGUUGCCGACCGCUUGUUUCUCUAGUUUCACCAACUUUAGUACCGACCGCUCGAUAGCAAUACACAGUGGUCUGAGGAGCCAUAAACAAACCUCAACCAAAACGCCACUCUGUAGCCACAAAUAAUGCUCAGAACAACACCUAACUUCAUCAACUGUACAUAUAGGAUCCCAGCCACAGCACUAGCCACCAAACAUCUUUGUAGCUUUGCCUAAUUUCUUAGGCAAAGAGACUAAACACAACUUACCUACUCUCCUCCAGCAGCCACUUGUUUGUAGCGAGACCUCAGGCGAGUCUAUAACUACAGUGGGAUGACGCAGCUCAAGAAAGAACAUUUACGAUCAUUUCUUCAUGGAAAUGCAAUCAGACCCAGACGCUAAGGCAGAAGAACUACCGUGUCUGCAGAGCAAAAUGAUCAAUACGGUGAUUAUUACGUCAAGGAAAUGAUAAAGAAAUGAUCAUAAAUGUUCUUCCUUGAGCUGCGUCACCCCACAGCAGUCGGGAAUUGACUGUCUAACUUGGUGUUACGGUGUGUUUGACCCUAACUUAAUUUUAUGCCGGAAUAUCCCUUUAAGCCUUCAAAAAUACAGAAGAGACCACAUUUCAACCACCAAGGAGGUGAAAGGGUGAAAUAAGUGCACAGCAUGUGUUCAAAUGGAAACAAAGCUAAGUUAGAUAACUUCCAGUGGUUUGGAAAAUAUACAGGAGGUCAUAACAAAAAGGGGAGUCACUAUGAUGUUAAAUAUCCAGAACAAGUUUAAUAACAAAGCUCACAAUAUUAGGCGUAUGAAUCAUUUGAGUCACUGGUGUGUUGUGUGCAUAAGUAGGGGAUACUUGUGUGUGUGUGUAGGUGUUGUGCAUGAGCAUGAACCCAGCGGUCACACUGUGCAAAGAUUUCCACAAAAAGUAGAGUUGAUGAUUGAGCUGUUGCGCCAAUUGUUAAGGCUGACCUGUGUACAUCUAGGCUUGAUGUGUGUUGCAGUCAGGCAUAAUUGUAUCAUGAUCAGCCAACCAUUUUGUAGUCGUUUUGGCAGUGUGAGCAGGGGAUAAGUCUUUCUGGAGAAAGAAACAGCUCUGUGUAAGAGGAUAUAGUUGACUAAGACUUCUAAUAUGCCAGAAAUUUAUCAACUUGCAACUGAUCAGGAAGAAAGACUUUCCCAGAUUGUCUAGCUCCAAGAAAAUAAAAUAAAAGUUUGUGUAAUGCUGAGCAAAAGUAGUUUUGUUGCAUAUUGUAUGUUUUAGGAUAUCCAUAAAACAUGAGCUGUGGUUCAGCAUUACAUAACACACAACGGUAAUGUUUCCCAUCUCCCGUUACUAUAACUGCUACCUGAGUAACCCCAUGAGAGGACUUUACUAUAUAACAAAAACAUAUAAAUUUAACAGUGAUUCAUUAUCCCAGCAGUUUAUCUUGCAGAUAUGAUGAUGGAUCUCCUCCUCUCUCCUCUCCCAGACUCUCACCUCCCAUAGCUCUCCUCCUCCUCCUCCUCCUCUUCCUCCUCCUCUCUAAAUGAGUAAUCCUGAUGAACAGAUGGAUGGAAGAGAAAAAGGGGGCAUGCCAGCUUGUUGCGCUGCUAUAACACCGUCAAUCAGCCCCCUCCCCCACUCUCACCUCCGGCCUCUUCCCUUUUCCAUCAUGCACUCUCUCUACUGUCAACAUUUCAGCCAUUUUUUACAUGUUAAAACGAAAAUAACUAAGACAAAUUUACUCUCUUCAGACAUUUGGCAAAUGCUAGACUUCCCAAAUAACCACUUUUGAAAAUGGAAUAAGCUGAUAUAUUUAUGUGAUAUAUCACAAUGAUGGUCCCAUAGAUGGAUCAAGCCCAGUAAAACAGAGACCAUGGUUGGAUUCUCCUUCAUAAAGACAUCACUGUCUACCUCUACAAGGACACAAACACUACCAUACAAAUCCACAGAGACACAGACACACUAACUCAUGUCAAAGAGUCACGUACCAAGGCCACGUGCGUCUAUGCACUCAUCAAUACCUUUUACCUAGCAAUAGCACAUAGGAAUACCGAUGAGACCUGGCCCGUUUACAAGCUGGAUUUAUGUGGUCAGUGUCACAUUGGUUCACUGUAUCAGAAUGAGGCCCUAUUGAUUCUUGUCCUUUUGACCCUUCAUACAGUUUCAUUUUGGUGAGACAUCUUUAGAAAGUCAGUGUUAGAGGUUUUGUAUGGUUUGGACUUAAAGCAAGUGAAGUUUAGGUUUACAUUUUCAGUCUUAGAUGAUGAUUUUUGCAGUUUGAGCCUCAAUGUGGACUGAGUAAAUGGACUUUGGCAGUGAUGGGAGUAAACCAAUGAGAUUACUACUGUGGUAGAUAGUUUUUUCACUGUUUUCUUGAAGCAAGUUGAUUCAUCUUCAUUGGUAUGAUUAUUACAGUAUUAGGGCCAUAUUUAAAGCUCCAUUGAGGAAGUUUUUGUUUGUAUCAAUUUCUGGCAAGGCAGCAGCACACAAUUUACACAAGGAACAAGACAAACAACAGACGACAACAUGUAACCAAAUACAACCAACAUUAAAUAAUCAGCCUUUCGCUGUAAAACAUGUGCAUUCACUCGUCAGAUGAUUCUCAAUCCUCAUCUCAAAAUCCUCCAAAAUAAUGAAUUUAUUCAGUCUUUGGUGACCUUUCAGCUCAGACCAGGAUGAGGGAGCAAAAACAUUUAAAGGCAGACAGAGCGAGGCUGAGGAAUGACAUACACAAUUUGUCCACGGGACCAAAGGUCACGGCUGCUGACAGAUUUAAGAGUCACUAAAGAACAUCGAUAAGACAGCGGUUCAUAAAGACAGAUAUACUAAAGCUUCAUACUUCUGUUGAGUAAGGAAGAUAGACCUGCUUCCUCAUGUGAUACACAGAGAUGUGUGUGAAAAGCCUAGACCAGAAACACAUGGUGAUGCAAAGUACAUAUACUGACCGUAAAUCACAGCUUUUCUCUUUGUUUUAUUUUUAUUUUUGUGUAAAUGAAUGAAUAUACAAGGCAAGUAUUUUUAUUACUUUUUAUUAAAUUAAGGUCGAUAGUUACACAUAGUAAGGGGUGGGGCUAAUUUGACUGACAGGUGAGUACUUUGUAGCAGUUUGCCAGAAGGCUGAGAGCUUGUCUGAAUUCCACCCAUGCUCCCGUUUUUAGAUUAGCUGGUCAGAAGAAGGAAUCAGUCCGUACAUUUACAUGUUGUUAAAAAAAUCUACUUGUUGCCUUAGUCUGAAUGAAACUGAAAUUUUAAAACAAGUAAAUGUCUUUUAGUCUGACUGAAAUUGCUAUAUCGAACUUCUCAUAGACGGAUAAACAUACCUAGAUUUAUCUUAUAUACGCAUCAAUUUACACUGAAAUACUUAAAACUAAAAGAAAGCUGUGAUUUUAUGGUCAUCAUAUGUCCUUUUUCUCACUGAAAUUGUUGGACUCAGUUGGGUAACAUUGUGUAUGACUCGGUUGGACUGAAGCUGCCUGAAGCAUUCUGCACAUGCUCCAGUGUGCGCAUGUUAGGCUUUGAGCUGCAAGCUGAAUAGCAUUAAUACAUUGCUCUGAAGGUGGGUAGAAAACCUUGACAGAUAGAGGAAGGACGCAAUAAAAGAGACUUCCUAUCAUAUGAACAAACAGUUCAGAGUUGUAAAAAUGCUGAUGCUUUUGUUAUUCCACGUACUGUGUGUUCCGUUAGCUCUGGCUGUCAAUUGUUUUUUGGUUCAACCAGGAGAUGACGUGAUAAGAUCGAGCUGAAAGGAGGCAUGUGGCCACCUACCAUACUGUCAAUGAUACAAAUUCUUCCUGGUGCUUGUAAAUUGUGACAGGAACAGUGGAACAGUUAAUGGGCGAUAACUGUAGCUCAACUUACCUGUGCAUGUAAACUUCUAUGCUAAUUUUAGACUUCCUAACACCUCUCCUGAAACAAAAAGCUGAGAUGUCUUAGCUUUUCCAAACAGCCUCCAACACCCUCUCUCUACACACAUCUUUUGCGCACUUGCGUUAAGUGUUCACCACAUGUACGGUCGUCCAAAACCUCUGGGUGUAGGGUGGGAGUGGGUGAAGACCCUCCAACAGCCAGCAUGCACUGAUACUGGCUUACUGAUCAGGUGUGAUGCCAUUCAUCUUUGGUCAUGGUGGACACGAUAGAUCAAAACUCCAGGCUGAACACUUCUGAAACCAAAAUCUGGUGUGACACCUGCAGAUUCUGCAUGUUUACUGAAUCACCCUGAAGAGGUGAAAGAAAAAAAAAAUCAGUAGCAUGGUCCUCUCUGGGAGCUGAGCCCACAGCUUUUGAUAAGAUGACCUCAGACAGGCGAGACGAGCCUAUAAACAGACAUGUUUGUGUGUAGGUUGGCACAUGUGCCCACGCUCAUGUCACAUGGGCAAACAUCCAACACCCUACCAGGCUACUGGCAACCAACAAACAGGUCCAUACGCCUGGCCAAAUGUGUGCGAGUGCCACGCUUCUAUAAUUGGAUGAAGGAAAUUCUAAUGACAACCACCAGUUAUCGCUUUGAUGAAUGCAUGUUUUUUAGGGAAUAAUCCAUUUCCAAAGGCAACAAAGUCAAACACUGUAUUCAUUUUGAGAUAAUUCAAAAUGUUUUUAAAAAAAGACUGUUUAAUAACCCUUUUUUACAUUUUUUAACUAAAAAAAGAGGUGAAGAAAAAAGCUUUGAAGAAAGCUUUGUUUUAUUUGACGUUGUCCAAGCAGUUCAUACUGAGAGUCCUUCACCAGGGAGUGGAUUUGACUUAAUUUGAGGCGUUCCCGUUUUUUCUACCUUUUACUGAGGAUCAUCUGACUUUGGCCUGAAGCAAAACUGUUGAGAUUCAGUUCAUGGAAAGACAGGGCCGCUCACACACCUUGAAUAGGGAAAAGAACAGGGGAAACAACAAUAAGAUACUCCUGUUUUUGUCAUGGUUAUGUCUAAUCCUAUCAGGCACUGGGAUGUGCAUGGGAAUUCACUGCAGCAGUAUUCAGUUGUUAAGUUAGCUAUGUAGGGAGGGGUCAGCAGAUCCUCACUCUUUUUUCCAUACCUUCCAUAGCCGUGCACUUGUUCUUUUCAGUCUGAAAUGUCAAUAAAAUGAUGUAAGAGUGUCUGAAGACCGGAAGACACAACAAAUCCUUCAUGGUUUGCCAAGAGGAGGCAUUUUAAGUGAGAGCAUGAUUGAAUAAGCGCUUAUUGUCAAAAAAUUUGAAAAAACCCAGACACAAGAUACAGAUUGUGUAUUUGUUCAUAACUUGGCUAAAUGUCAAACAUAGGAUGGAACCUCUGACAGCUAAAAACCCUGCUCUUUAGAGAACAUGAUGCACUUAGCUAGACCAGUCUCCACUGUUGUCUCCAGUGGUUGAAUGAGUCUUCCAGUCACAGUUAUCUCACACUGUCCUGCUGUAAUUCUGGGAAUUUAUGUUAAGUGGUUGAGUCACCCAGCACUUGGUACCUUGGAUAUUUUGUGGUGAGGACAAGUUAGUUGAUGGUGUCGAUGAAAGGUUUUAAAUUGAUUGAUUGCUUCAAUGUUGACGUAGUGCACUUUGUUCCUCUAACCCCGAAUUUCCACCGCAUCCAGAACUGCUCUGAUCUGGAAUGGCGGUAAUUUUUGCCAUCCGCCAAUUUCUACCGGACCUGUUUGUGAGGCAAAUUUCGUGGCUAACUACAGACAACGGUGAUCGCAAGAACUCACAAGAACCCGCAGAUUCACGUGCAAUCACACUAUCACAAGUAGCCUCUGUAAAGACAGUCACAUAACCAUAAAGGCAGUAGAUCGUGUCCCUUAAGAGGAGGAAAUCCACUUCUAGACUUUUGAAAUCGGCAUCUACUGAUCCAUGGUGUCAUCGGGCCGAAAUGCUGUCUAAAAACCUUUCACUUGUUCAUCCCCGCCUGUUUUCAUGGUGUAUACGAUCUGCCUGAAACAUGGAGUGUUUUUUUUUUUCAAAAGAAGCCGGAUGUUUUAUUUUGUGUCUGUGCCCGACUUCCUUUCCAGCACUGGUUAAUCUGUGCUGAUUUAUCCGGCAUCCAGAAAAAAUAGAACUCUUGCAAUCAGCUACAAAGUUUGGCGAUCCGCAGCAGAACGAAAAGAAACUGGUGGAAAUUGACGCAUUAACUUGAAUGGUUACGAUCGGUGGAUAUGGCCUUUUCGUAGCCGUUCCAGAUGCGGUGGAAAUUGGGGGUUACUGAUCUUGUUUCCUCUUGUCUAGAUCUUUGCUUGUAUUGUUCUUGUUCUUGUAUGUACGUCACUUUGUAUAAAAGCAUCUGCUAAAUAACACUGUAACAUUGUAACUUAUGUCUCUAUAGGUCAACCACAAACUCAUACGACAUCCGAGUUUCAAAAUAUGAAGCAAGAGUUGUAUCACCCUCUAUGCAGAUGACACUAUCUUUUUAAUUUUUCUUAUCUGGUUUUCCGAUUCCACAAAAUUAGUUAGGAAAAUAUGAUUUAAAGGUUUUGUUUUUAAAGUGUAUAUUUAUCUGCAAUGCAGUAGAAAACUGUACAUCUUUUAUUGCUGGAAGUGUCACCUUGUGCCUGACAACACCCCUGCCGUUUCAGCGUUAUCCCAGUGGUAAACAACAUGAAGGACAAUAGUCCCCGUGGGGUGGUUGUGGAGGUGUGGAUUGUUGGGGGGGGGGGGGGGGGGAUACGCACUCGGCGUAUGCUGACCAUCAGCACUUCACAAAGCCUCAGAGAAAAGCAGGCGCUAUGGGAUUCUGCGGAUGGUGCUAGAAAAACUGACCCCAAAAAGGGAAGCCCCUGUGUAUGAGUGUGUGUGUGUGUGUGUGUGUGUGUGUGUGUGUGUGUGUGUGUGUGUGUGUGUGUGUGUGUGUGUGUGUGUGUGGUGGGGGGUGCUUGGGUGUAUAUGUGCAAGAAAAAGGCUGAGAUAGUUUGUCCUGAUUACAUGGCUGGCUGUGUGUGAUCCGGUCAGAGACAAAGAGGCUGCUAGUUGUGUCUUUUCUUCACAAAGGAGUGGUGUUAGUGAAGUGAAAGCUGCUCUUACAACAACUUCCAAUGUGGCGGGCAGCUUCCGAUGAAGUCAGCACUUGAAACACAGGGCCCUCUAAAAUUACGCAGUCAUAACUUUAAUCCUGAUAGGAAAUUGGGCUGCUCUUAAACAAAGGCUUGUUGGCAAAGAGUACAUUUUUAAGAUAUAUUUUGAGUACUUAAAAGCAUCUUUUGUUGCAAAAGUGUGCAUGUUAAGCACUCAAAAUCUCAAUUAUGAAUUUUCUAGAUGCUUUCAGGAAUGUAAUGCCUCACAAAAGCAGCAAUGCAGCAGGUAUCCCUCUUCAUUUGGUGCUACUGUGCUUUUUAAGCAGUGAAUCCAUAGCUUAGCUCUUUAGUUCCUUGUGUCUACAGGGAUGAGAAACAACAUUAACUCUUAAAUACUAAUCCGACUCCUUCUAUUCCAAGGUGAGGAAAGUGUAACAUUAUCCAACUAUUGUCUGCAGCCUAAAUGUGCCUCAGUAAAUAAUACUUAACUCAGUAAAAAGAUAUGAAACGGGAAUGGAUAGCAGCCCAUCGAUCAAUGAGGAUUAGUGAAGCAAUGCUACCCUUUAUUUUCCUUUCAGAUCAGGCAGGCCAGUCAAGACUUUCCCCCCAAAGAAGUAGGGCUGUUUUCUCACCUUACAAUGGGCUUUGUUCGGUAGACCAGUCACUUGAUGUGGCUUUGUCAAGGUGGGAGUGGAAAAGGAAGACAAGGGGAAAGAAAGAGGGAGCAGUUGGUUGGCAAAGGUAUCAAACUGACGGAUUCAGAGACAAAGGCUGAGAGCAGGUUGGAGUUUUCUUCUGGCACGUGUUUACAUAGAGGAAUGAAAUGUUAACAUGUCGUUCUGUCUGUCUCAGUGUCCCAUAAAUCUGUCUCGUACCCACUGACAUUGAUUACAUUUUGCAUUCCUCUCCCACAGAUGCUUGAAGUCGUACUUGUUGCAUUUGCAGUUUGAAGCGAUUCUGUUAAGUCUCUAAAAGCAGCAUCCGUGGUUUAUGCCAACUUGACUGAAACAAAGAGAUUUUCAGGCUGAACACAAACACCAUUUUACCAGGUUCAAAAAGAUCUCACCUCAGAUGCAGUAUUUGGAGUUUGGGCCUUUUAUUUCAACUGCUGGUUUCAUUUCGGAGUCCUGCGUCACAGUUGUAAGAGUAUCUCUAACAAAGUCCAUUUGCACAGUCUACUUUCUUAGUUGUCAGUGCGUGUCAUGCACAGGCUUCUUAUUUACACUGCAGUUCAUCCGCUUGUGUUUGUGGGAACUCACAGCUCCUGUUACACUGUUUGGGUUACCAGAGGCACUCAGAUGAAGUCAGAAGGCCACUGCAGUACAGUGUUGUCUGGUUACUGUUAUUAUACACUUCCUGGAAGUGUAGGAGUGAAACCUCAGCCUCCAAAGGAAACACUGCUUAUGUUGAAUUUAAUUUAAAUGUGUUUAUGUAAGACAAUGAUGCAACUAUAUACUACAGAUAAGGAAGUAUUCACUCUACUUCAGUCCAGUCUGGCUCAAAGCGGUUUGACUCUAUUUUCUUAGAAAUAUCUCCAUCAGUGUGAUCUGAUGUGACUGCAGAUGACUGUGUUUUCAUCCCUCCCUGUAACUCUCUUCUUGCCUCCCUCCCUCCCUCCCUCAUCUGUCCAGUCAGGCUGUCAUGCCUCAGUGUCUCUCACUGUGACUGAAGGCUGCAGAGUGACCAACUUAGCACAUUGCUGCAGGGUUUGCAAACUGAAAGCCAGAAGGUACUGUGUCAGCAGACUUCACAUCAUGCUCUGUUGUUGUUGAAGAUUGUUGGCUGUGUUUAUAACAUGAGUAUGCAACAUAUUCAAAGCCCUUUUUUAAUCACUUCCUGAAACCUUCACGUCAAUCAAGUUUGCUGGUGACUACACAAGGUUAUUUCACCAAGUAAUGUCAAAGUCAAAGACACUGAACUUCCUAAAAGUGGCUAAAGGAAUAAUGGUUUUCUCAAGAGAGACUGAAAGCUGGACUGUGUUUGAGGGUAGUCAUAGCGCUGCAGUUUAGAGAAUGACAGCAAUGUUGUUUUGAGAAGAAUUUCUGCCAGUAUGACAGAGAAUAAUGUACUGAUCCUAAAACUUAAUGUCUGUAGUAAAAUUGAGAAGCCACUGUCAGCAGAGGGAUAGCUUAGCAUAGAUACUGGAAAACAAGGAAACAAAAUCUAUGAAGAUACUUCCUGCCACGAGUUAGCAUGAAGACUUGACAAAGCUAGACACAAUAUUGAUGAUGCUGCAGGUUAGCCUUAGAGACUUAAAACCGGGAAAAAUAUGAGUUAUUCCUUGAUACGUUAUCAUCUGUUUAUUACAGGCUUAGAAUAUUGUUGACAGACAGUUUGGAGGACGUGUAAUAAAAGGAUUUGGAUUAACUUUAGCAGCAGAGAUGUUGGAUGUCAGCCAUAAACCAUUAGUGAAAAUGUCGCCCUUGCAUGCAAGCCAUGGUAAAUACUAAUAAUUAAUGUUACAUUAAGACUCAAACCAGCAGUUUCAGUUUGACAGGCAGACUAUGCUGACUCUAAUUUAGGACGGGUGACAGGACACAAAACGACAGAGUGAAAGAGAUGGGAGAGGACAGGAAGUAAGAGAGAGAGAGAGAGAGAGAGAGAGAGAGAGAGAGAGAGAGAGAGAGAGAGAGAGAGAGAGAGAGAGAGAGAGAGAGAGAGAGAGAGAGAGAGAGAGAGAGAGAGAGAGAGAGAGAGAGAGAGAGAGAGAGAGAGAGAGAGAGAGAGAGAGAGAGAGAGAGACACGAUGAAGGCAGAGACUGACUUUCUGACUUCUGGGCUUUGACCCCUGAGUCAGGAAAAAAGAGAGGAAGAAGAGGAUGAGAGAUGACCUGCCCACCAGCUAAAGUCAUGACGCCCAUCCUUCUUGCAGUCCUCUGUGUCUUUGUCUUUUUUGUCUGUACCCUGUAAGAACAUAACAAUGAGUUCAGUGUUUUAGUUGAUUAGCUCCUGGUUGCUUACACCAUUAAGUGUCAGAAAAAAAGGAUCAGAUCGUGCUAAAUAUCUGGUUUGAAAAUUUGUUGAAAGGUCAGAGUUUAGCUUUUAUGUAUAAUCAUGCAAAUCAAAGGCUGUGAGUAAUUUUCAGUGUGAAUGUCUGAGUCAUAUUCCCUCUUAACACUUAAUGGCAUCCCUGCUGUUGAAAUAUGGAGAUGUUGACAUUUGCAGCCAGAUGUGUGUCUGUGUGUGUGUGUAGAUGUGUGUGUGUUUGUCUUUGCUUUGUGUUGUGCACGUGCUUCCACAGUCAUCUGUGUUGUGUGUUGAUUUAUUAUGACCCUCAGGCAGUUAAUCUCUCUGUGACGCUCUGGAGAUGUGGCCCUGGUCGGGCACAAAAAGAAACAGACACACUCAAGAGAGGAACAGAUGACAACAUACGAACUUGUAUGACAGUGUUGUGGAAUUUUUUAAAAGUAACUAAGCAUUGCAUUCUGGGAAAUAUGUGUAUUUGUUUCAAAUAAUGAGAAAUGGAUGGAAUAAUUAGUAUCACUUCACAUUUUUACUGGCUUCAUCCCAGUAGCUGUGUUGGUAAAUGGUCAAAUGUAAACAAAACUAGGUAACACUUUAUUUGACACUUAUCUCUAUAACACAUAAUAAAUGUAUGUAUAGUGUGUUAUAAUCAUGUUAUAGCACUGUAUAAACACUCAUAAAUGAUCAUAGUGCUUUAUAGCAAUAAUCGUAACACAUUGUAAAGCAUUUUAUCAUGACUAACAAGGUCAUGUAUUAUAAUGUGUUAUAACUGUUAACAACUCACUGAGAAUGCCCACAUAGAUAAUGCAUUAUACAUAUAUUUAUGAUGUUAUAAUUUGCUUAUAAACUUGUAUAACUAUCAUUAUUAACAUUCAUUAAUUAUCAUAAGGCUUUAUAACAAUAAGCAUAACACAUUAUAAUACCUGACCUUGUAAGUCAUGAUAAAAUGAUUAAUAAUGUGUUAUGAUUAGUGCUAUAAAGCAUUGUGAUCAUUUAUGAGUGUUUAUAUCUAUACUUAUACAGUGCUACAAUGUGAUUAUAACACAUUAUACAUAUUUUUAUAAUGCGUUGUAGAGAUAGGUGUCAAGUAAAGGUUUACCCAAAAGUACAUCCAGUAUGUACCGGUUGAUAAAACAAAAACAUCAUCUUGCAACCACUCCUGUGAUAAAAAUCAAAACACAUGAUUCUCAAAUAAACAUCAUAAAAUUGUUGGAUUGUUCUCUUUAACACACCAUAGAAAAACAACACUUGUAACACAAGAUCACGCUUAUUCUUUUUUUUAUCUGCAGAGCUUUUUACAAGCCAACCUCUCACAGGGAUCACCCCUCAGGUUAGCAGGGGCCCAUGCAAAAACACUCAUAUUAUUCUCAAAAAACCAGCCUUGGUGGCAUUUUAAAAUAACACAAUUUGCAUCACUCAAAGGGAUAUUCCGACAUAAAAUGAACCUAAUGCCCAAUUUUUUUUUAGCAAAGACACUAAACACAGCUCACCUACUCUCUUCCAGCAGCCAUUUCUUCAUGGAAAUACAAUCAGACCGAGAAGCUAAGGCAGAAGAACUACCGCGUCUGCAGUGCAAAAUGAUUAAUAUGGUGAUUUUUACUUUAAGAAAAUGAUUGCUAUCCUGCAGUCAUUACUAAAGUUGGUACUAGAACUAGAGAAGCAAGCAGUCGGCAACAUUAAUCUCUUAAUGGGGUGUCCAACUCAACGUUAUGGUGUGUUUGGCCCUAAAUUAAUUUUAUGCUGGAAUGUCACUUUAAAUAAAACAAUGGUGAUUGGUGCUGAGUUGUGACAGAAGAUGGCAGGUGCAGUCAUUAGCUUUGCCAUGCUAGUAAACCCAAAAUGCAAAACAUAACACAAAAUAUGUCUUCAUGCUUAAACACUGAGCAUAACAGAUUUUAAAAAAGAUAGAAAGCUUUUAAGCUGUAAAUCAUGUAAAGCUAUUAGCAUAACCCACAACAUCAGCCAACAAAACAGCACAGUAGCCCCUCUUUAAAUAUUCAUCCUUGCAGAAGAAUUGGUCUGUUAAUGGAUGAGAUCAUUGAUGAAAUAUGCAGCAGAUCAUAUUUCACACAUCAGCUAUCACACACUCCACCCCCCAGGCUUUACAUUUUCCACCUUUUCUCUACAUUCACCGUGAGAGAUUCUCAUUUUCAUCCAUCCUGAUCGUCCAUGUCCCCUUUUCUCUGAUCACUCAUUACCUUUAAGACAAAAGCCCCUUUUAGAGGCGGCCCCAGCAGGUGAAUAAACUCCACUCUUCUCUCAGAGGACAAAACAGCCUGAAGGUCCAGCUUGGCUUAAUAAGGCCACUGUCGCUGUCAGGAGGAGCCAUUCCUGCUGCUGCUGCUGCUGCAUGGAGCAUUAUCCUAAUUAAUCUUUAGAGGGGUUAUUGCAUCUGCAUGAUAUCACAUUGCCUUUUUUUCUCAAUGAGAUUAGCAGAUUUAACAUGCAUGGCUGGCAUUUGCUGCUCUUUAUUGUUUUGCCCCUUUCCUCUCUGUUGUCUUCCCUCACUUAUUAGGUAGUGAGAGUUUUAUCCAAUAGGACGUGUCGGCGUAAUUAGCUGUACCCUGGGGUUGUAUUAGCUCACACUCUGCCUAGCUCAGCUGGAUAAAAUCUGACACACUACUUUCUUUCUGUGCGUGCAUGCAUGUGUGCGUGCGUGUGUGUUAUUUCUAUACUCUCCUCUGUGUCUCCUCUGAGGCUUACUUCCUCUUCAGCAGAAUAGAGAUGUAACAGUCCAUGGUUUAAUAGUGAGACUAAUAUUUUCACGUCUUCAUACCUCUGCAUACUUUAAAUUUCUGUUUGUAUGUUCAAGUGCCUGCAUGCUUGGCCUUUGUGCCCACACAUAUUGAUGUGUUUGCAGUACACAGACAAGGACACAUGUGCACUUGAUAUGAAUUAUGAGGAGCCAUACACCCGACAGCAGUGCACUGCUUCAUGUCCAGAUCCAUCUCAGCCUGCUGUAGGAGUUACUGUAACCCUUUAGCUACCUCUGAUCAGAAAAAAAGCUAUUCAAUAAACCAUUUAGUGUGGCACAGCCUUUCCAAAACUUGAAAUCAAUAAUAGUGUACUAAUACAAAAUUCAAGCCCUCCCACAUUCAUUGACCCUUUGGUUGGGGAAAUUAUGUUUGAUAGCAUAAGACAGAACUUAGAGGAUUUGAGUACAGCAAUGUUAUACUCCUGCAUAAUUCAUGUGAAACAUUACAUAAUGCAUAAAUAAGUACAUGUUCAAGAGUUUACACCUUAUAAGAAAGGGUUUUAUCCUUAAGUGUGGAUUGUGGGGAUUUCUUUAAAGGGAAACUAAACAGUAAAACCAAGUAAUAAGUGCGCUGCACACUGUAGGAUCUUUCUCACCUCAAACACUUAAUAGAGAAGUUAGCCGAUGAUUAGACGCCCAUCAGGCUGGGGAGGACCCCAACAUGGCACAGAGAGGUCCUGUUCACCAUGAGGAAAUUCAUAUAAUACACCUCCAUACAGCUAACUAAACAUGAUCCUGUCCACCCUUAAAAUAUAAACAUAUGAUCACACAGGUGUUGAUUGAUUCUUGAAGUUAAAUCAACUAGCCAUGACAAACUGCCAAAACCAGAUUGUGAUGCAGUUUGUGUCUGUUUUCUUCAAUUUGCUAGAUCUCUUUUGCCAAGUCCAACGGUAUUCUUAUCAGCUAGCAUAUACAGGUAGAAUAAACUCAAAACCUGGUGAAUUUGAAACAUCAGCAUUUUUACUGAUGGCAUUUCUUCCAGAUGGUCUCCUUUUUCCUCCUUUUGAAGUCCAAUUUACUAGCCACGACAAACUGCCAAAGCCUUAUUUUGAUGCUGUUUGUGUCUGUUUUCUUCAAUCUGCUAGAUGUCUUUUCCAGAGUGCGUUGUAUUUUAACUUCCCUGAAGAAAUGUUAACAUUAACAUGUUAAGGAAUUAAUCAAAAUGACUUGCAUAGGAGAUUGUUACUGCAGUGAUACAAUACCAACUUACAAAUAAACAAAUCCUGGUUAUUGCAUGUGUCAGAUUCAGAACACGGCAUCAGAGAGGACACAAGAAAAAAACACAGAAGCAGUUUUUUCCCCAUGGUGCACUUCAAUGUCAACACGUUUCACUGUGUUUGUAGUUGUUGUGCAUAUCAAUCUGUGCCUCUUUGUUACAGCAUUAGCAACAGAAGCUAGUGCUCGUGGGGUUGCACUCAUGUAACUCGAUCCAUACGACACACUGACUGGGAUGCUAGUGCUAAUGUGGUGUGUGUGCGUGUGCAUGAAUGAGCCAAUCUACUGCACAGCUUUAUCUGAGAUCCUUCCAGCCGAGCGCACUCACAUGCCAUAUGUUUACAGGCCAACACGUGGUAAACAGGGUGCAACAAAGCAACAGUAUGGACAAAGCUAGAACACAAAUACUCCACAAAGACCACCUCAGUUGUUUUAUUUUGUAAAACACUUAAAUAACUGUGUUAAGCUCUAUGGUUUAAUCUCCAAAUAACACAUACGAUUGAGGAGUGCAAGAAUUUAAAAGCUUUUACAUACAAGGGCUUUGUAUCUUUAGAGUACUAUUGUAGUCUACGCUUGGUUUAAAGGGAUAUUCUGGCGUAAAAUUAACUAAGGGUCAAACACACCAUAACACCAAUUUUGACACCCCGUUGAGAGAUGAAUGUUGUCGACCGCUUGCUUCUCUGUUUAUACCAAGUUUAGUAACGACCGCACGAUAGCAAUACACAGGGGUCUGAGGAGCCAUAAACAAACCUCAACCAAAACGCCACUCUAUAGCCACAAAUAAAGCCACCAAAUAUCUUUUUAAUUUUGCCUAAUUUCUUUAGCAAAGAGGCUAAAAACAACUCACCCAUUCUCCUCCAGCAGCCGCUUGUUUGUAGCGAGACCUCGGGCCAGUCCAUUAAGGACUGCUGCGGGGUGAGGCAGCUCAAGGAAGAGCAUUUAUGUUUGGUGGCUAGUGCUAUGGCUUGGACCGUAUAUGUACUGUUGAUGAAGUGGUCGUUACUAAAGUUGGUAUAACUAGAGAAGCUAGUGGUUGGCAACAUUCAUCUCUCGAUGGGGUAUCUAACUCGGUGUUAUGGUGUGUUUGAGCCUAAAUUAAUUUUACGCCGGAAUAUCCCUUUAACUGCAAGACUAUUCCUGAGUUAUCUAAAUGCUGUCAAAGUUUCCAGACUUGUUUUACAGUUCAAAAAAUAUCUGAGUGCUGUUUCUGUCUUUUUGUCCCUCUUCACAGUUUGGAUCCAGCCUUCACUCCAUACUCCACUGAAGUAAAGAGGUCUUCAUUGGGACCCAUCUCACCAUGGACAGGAACAGGAAGUGGGUGCUGGGCUUUGGAGCUGUGCUAUUGAUCAUCUUGAGUCACAUGACCUCCGCGCUUGAGGUGCCGCUGGAUCGUAAGUAUUGAAUUUUGAAUAUCGCAAACUUUGAUUUGAAAUUCUGUAAUGUGAUAACUUUUAUACUUACCAUUCAAGACGAGACCAAACUUUGAUGGAAAUGCCCUAUAAUGCUUUUAUGUUAAAGGGUUUCAUUAACAUUACAAAUACAGUCCCUUUUGACCACUUCUAAGGCUUUAGAGUUGCAUAUAGAGCAGCGGUUUACUGGUUCUCUUGUGUUUCAGCUUUGCAUGUCUCAGCAUGGACUCAAGUUUGCAGUUUCAGCUAUGAGAUGCUAUAAAACUCUUUAAACCUUCUGUGUAACAUCCUGUGUAAAAUAAUGAAUUCUUCAACUACUUUUUUAGCACUUAAUGAGGCUGCCUGAUGAAACUUAGACCACUGAAGAAGUGACCAAUCACUAAGUCAUGUGCAAGCUCACUAAGAUGCUUAAAAGUACUUGAACAUUGAACUUUUUCACCUGAAUCUGUGGUUUACUCCUUGCAAAGACUAACACCUCUCCUUAACAUUCUAUCACUGUGGUACGGCGUGUAACGAUGGACAAAAAGCUAAAGUUCUGGAAGGAUGUAAGUUGCCACAAACACUGCUGUCACUUGAAGUGCUGCAGACCUUCUCCUCUUACCUGACUAAGUGUUGUUUGGAUUCUAGCAGUACUAGAAGUGCAUGCAGUAAUGUCAGCAGUGUGACUGUGUGGAGUGACUUGCUUGUUUUGGAGUGGCGCUUUGUUUAUUGUCACCUCAAAGACAGGUAAGCUGACAUCAGAUUAGACGUUGUAGUGGCUUUGUUUGCAGCUCCACACGGUGUGAAACUUGAUCGUCUAGUUUACGUGAACGCUUGCUGCAUGCCGCCUGCAUAUCCUUGAUUCUGUCAGUGUAAGUGUGCUGUUUUUACUCUUCAUUGUACACGUCUUAACCACCCUUCCAUUCAUGUUUCUCCAGUGCCCCAACCCCCCACUAUAACGCUACAGUCCCCAAAGGAUUACAUCUUUGAUCCGCGGGAGAACAUUGUCAUCCACUGUGAGGCCAAAGGGAAGCCUCAUCCCAGGUGAGAAGAGCCCUCCUCUCAUCACAAGGAUGAUACAGACGCACACUUUGUAUAUUUUACUGGUUACACUCCUGGUUAACAAAAGAACUGACAAAAACACGUGGCUUUGGUCAUAAAAUGAAGCAAACCCAUAUGUUUCCAUUAGUAGUGGAAUAAAAUCAGUUCUUUAACAGUUGAUGCUGAUAAUGGUAGAGCAGGUCUGCCAUUAGCUAAUAAACAGGUGCAUCUCAAAAAUGAUAAAAUGUCCAAAAAAUGUCAAUUCCCCCCCCCAUGAUACAAUUCAGAAAGUGAAACUUACAUUCUAAGUGAGACCUUUUUGCAUUCUGGAUUCAUUACACACGCAGUAAAAUAUUUCAAGACUUUUUUAGUUUGAGUCUUGGUGAUUACAGCUUAAAAAAUAAAAAUAAAAAAAGAAUCUCAAAACAUUAGAUUAUUACAAAACACCACCCCAAACAAAAAAGGAUUUAUGACACAAAAAAAUAUCUUCUUGAAAAUGAUGUUCAUUGUUGCUCUCAGUACUUGGUCAGGGCUCCUUUUGCUCAGUUACUCCAUAGAGGUAAUCAGUCUCUGUCUCUGCUGGAGUGUUAUUAAAGUCCAGGUUCCUUUUGUUUUCUACAAUCUUUUUAUUGAGAACAAGGUACAAAGAAACAGUGAUAUAAAGAGACGAUAUAUACAUGUAUAUAUAUAUAUAUAUGUAUAUGUGUGUGUGUGUGUGUGUGUGUGUACAUAUAUAUUUAGACUCUGAUUCAGAAGGAACUCGACUCUUAUUGUCCAUUUCUUGGCUCAUCUUUGUGUACUGGCUCUGAUGCUCUGACUCAGUCCUUGUGAAGCUCCUCUAAGUUCUUGACUCUGUUUGACAGUCCUCUCCAGGCUGUUUCUUGGUCUCCUCUUCCUCCUUCAUUUUUCCCUUCAGUCAACUUCCCAUGAUCUGCUUCCAUACAGCACUCUGUGAACAGCCAGACUUUUAAGCAAAGACCUUCUGUGGCUUGACCCCCUUUGUGGAGGGGGUCAGUGAUGGUCUUCUGGACAGUUGUCAAGCCAACAGUCUUCCUCAUGAGUGUGUGGACCUUUGCAGGUGUUCAGAGUUCAUUCGCUGGUUAGAGCCCCUUUUAGGACUGAAAGAACUAACAAGAAACUGGACUUUUCCACAAUAUUCUGAUGUUUUGAGAUACGUGUCAGAAACAACAUGUGGGUGAUUUCUAAAUGACUUCAAUUGUCCCAAUGAGUGAUUAGUCAGUCUACCUCUGGUUUCCAUACAGUGUUAUGGCUCUCUGUGUGAAAUUAUAGAUCUGCUUCUGAGGGGCAACUUAACCCUAGCAGUGUGGAAAUCACCAUAGCUACUGUCGUCAUGGUGACCACUUGAGAAACACCUGACAGAGUGAAUUAGACACAGUUUAGAUUUGCCACAUGGCCCUGAAUCAAACAAGUUAGCCAAACCCCUGCUAUGAAAUCAGUCAUCCACAUCAGCCAGCAUGAAACCACCACAGUUUACUGUUGUGCUUUUUGUUACCCAAUUGUAUGCUUCUCCAUUACUUCCAAUUUGAAAACAGAAGUAUUUAUAGUUCUUGUUGAUCCUAGCUUCUCCUGGACAAGAAAUGGGUCCCACUUCGAUGUGGAGAAGGACUCCAAAGUCUUGAUGAAGCCGGGAUCAGGGACUCUGGUCAUCGACAUCAGUGGAGAAAAGGCGGAGGCCUAUGAGGGAACAUACCAGUGUACGGCACACAAUGAGCAUGGCACAGCUGUAUCCAACAGCAUUGUCAUCAGACAGUCCAGUAAGACUUUAGAUUUCCUCAUUUCUGUUGGUUUCUGAAAUCACAUUUUUUUCCCAUUUCAGAAUGUACACUUUAGUCAUUCACAAUAUAAUAAUUUUACUUUUCAAGUUUCUUUUGGGACUCCCGAAACUAAGAAAAAAAACAAAAAAACUGAAUUAAAAAAAAUAUGUGUCAACAGUCAUAAUACACACUAUUUUUUGAGGCCUGCAGUUUCCUUGUUUGAUGUUUGCGACUCGCAGGGUCCCCCUUGUGGUCAAAGGAGAGAAAUGAGGUCCUUGUGGUGCAGAUGGGGGUCCCCCUGGUGCUGCAGUGCCGACCUCCUGCAGGGCUGCCUCCACCUGUCAUCUUCUGGAUGGAUAACAGUGAGUCAUUUGCAUUUAAACCUAUCUGCAUGGAAUAAUUGAUUUUUGGAUAAAAACAACCUUUUAUUGAUUUCUUUGUGUUCAUGCCUGACUCUCUCUCUCUGUGCUGCAGAUUUCCAGAGGUUACCGCUGGAUAAACGAGUGUCCCAGGCUCUGAACGGAGACUUAUACUUUUCCAACGUUCUCCCUGAAGACAGCAGACCUGACUACAUCUGCUAUGCCCGAUUCCCGCACACACAAACUAUCCAGCAGAAACAGCCCAUUUCAGUCACUGUGCUGGACAGUAAGUUAUGACCUUUAAACAAAUUAAAAUUUUAAACCUUAACAGACAUUUUCAGAGUCAGUAGAAGCUUUUUAAUUUCAUAUUUUAAGAUGUUUUAUCAACAUUUUCCAUAUAGUUUGCUUUUGUGUUACCUUUGUUUCUAUGACUAUUGUACAUGCAAACCUGUCUGAGCAUAACAUGUUUUUUUGCACAUUUUUCCCUCUAGUUCAAGAGCUCGAAUGGCAUUGUAGCACGAUUUAAUUUACUUUAGGUCAUCUCAGUGCUAAAAUGAUGUAGCUUUGCUGUUUAACUCAUUCUGUGUUUUAAAAAUGCAUUGUCCCAAAGCUGAUGUAUUUUUGAAAACACUUUUAAAAAAGCAUUGUUUUCUGUUUUGUUUCCUUGUUUUGCAUGCUUAUUAUUUUCUAUUUCAGUGGAAACAUUGAAUGAGACUCUGGCUGCUAUGUACAAUGUCACUGAUUUCUAUAGUGGUGAGUGCUGCUGGUUUAUAUCCCACUCAGCCCCCUCAGUGUGAACUGAAUCCUGUUUCCACUCCCUGACCCAACCAAACCUGAUGCCACUCACCUUUGACCGGCCUAAAUCUCCCCCUCAGUAACACACUUGUCCUUCAGAUUUCCUUAAUUUUAUCCUCCAAGGGUUUCCUUUAUGCAAUUGAAGGUUCUAAAUGUGAUAUUUGUUGACAUGAAUGAAAAUAACUCGGUCAUACUGCAUGAUAAGAAGCGAGUAAAUGGCAGACAGUAGUAUCUGUGAUCUCCCCUGUAUGCAGAUAACACAUAAAAGCCUUUAAGCAACCCUCAGAGCAUGCAUAUUAUUAAAUGUCAGCUAACUGCAUCUUCCAACUGCAUCUUCCUUGCAAUCAAACAGUAGACACUUACUAACUCAGACUGAUUGAAUCAUCUGCUUAAUCAAGCUCAUCCCCGGUGAUCAUCCAUGAUUGCCACAUAAAAAGCAUAGGGCAACAUCUCAGUUUUAUCAAACGGCACUGGGCCUCAUUCUCCGCCAAUAUGUUAUCAAGUUUCAUGGAGUAGAACUGUUCAGACAUGUACCUAAAUUGAUUUCCUGACAAGACUGCAUGGCACUGUGCACAUGCAGAUAUGACACAAGACUGCGAAGGAGGAAAUUUAGAAACAUGCAAUCUAAACUAGCCCUUUAAUGCCUUUUGUAUCAUAUUUGAUACAUACUUUUAUGAUACUUCUAUCAAAUCAAUAUGAUCAACAAAUUACAAAAAAAAAAUACCUGAAUACAGUCCGAUAAAUAGUAAAAAUGUCCUCUUGUGGUUUAUUAGUUUCCAAAAACAUCAAAUGUAUCAAACAAGAUAAAUAUAUAUUUGUUCAAUUUUAAGGACAUUUAGAUUUCUUUUAGUUUUCAGUAGUAAGUGAAAUUAACAUUUCAGCUUAAAAAAAAUCAAAUUUUCUGGCCAUAAUUUGUGGUUUCAGGCAAAAAGGGUGAGAAAAAAUGAACCCUAAAUGUUAGAAAUACUAGAGAUCCAUGUGGAUCCUGUGUCGGCUGUUUCUUCAGCUGAUUCGCUGACACCUACCCCUCACUACUAGUGUCAGACAACAUAAAUUACUAUUCAAAAAUCAUUUUUCUUUUCACCUGUUGUCUCUUUUGUUCCUUAAUAUUAUGAAGAAAACUCAAUAAUAGAUUCAUCGAUAUCAGAAAUUCUUCAGUGGAGCUUCUGCACCCCUGUCUUAUGACUAUAAUAGAAACAAAUAGCACACACUGCGUUGUAUAGGCCAUGGCUCAAUCCUUUACAACCCCUUCCUCCUAUUUUUACCAAUAAAUUAGAAAUCGAGACCAGCCCUCGUGUUUCAUCCGUCUCCUUUGAGGGUUUUUGUUUGGCCCUUCAUAUCACAUGUUGCCGCUUGCUUCUUAAACACUUGUGUUCUCACAUGUUCAGACACCCCAGAGGGAGAGCGUCGCCCUGGUUUCAUGCUGCCUGUUGGAGCCACCAGCACCAAGAUGGUUCUGAGAGGGGAGACUCUGGAGCUGGAGUGCAUCGCUGAGGGCUUGUAAGUAGGCGCGUAUAGAAAGUUAGUAAAAAAUGCAGAAACAGCCUGAAAACAGACACCCUCUUGUGUUUGUUUCUGUAAUAGGCCCACCCCAGAGAUCUCCUGGCAGAAGGAUGGAGGGGAGCUUCCGAGCACCAGGACGUCUUUUCAUAACUUCAACAAAAUGCUUAAAAUUUCUGAUGUGAAUGAGAAUGAUGGUGGAGAAUACCGCUGUACAGCUAUGAACAAUUUGGGCACUGCUCACCACAUCAUCAAGGUCACAGUCAAAGGUAUGGUAUGACUGAACAUGAGACUGAACAUUUCAAUUUAUAGUCAAGUAAAAACAGUCUACUCGUGUUAUAAUUCACACUGAACUGAACAUCACCAUGACAGGUAAUGUUAGACACAAUGAAUGGGAGCUCUACAGGAGUUUCAACACAGUUAUAUUUGUACUCAUUCAUCUCUCCUUAUAAGAAAUUUUCAAUUGACAUGUCUUUAAACAUGAAGAAGUCAAAUGUAACUAUUUUAACAUUGUAAAAAACAAAGCACUGUCAAAGUGACCUCAAAAAUCCUGCACUUAUUUGUAUUUUUCAUCCACAGCGGCUCCUUUCUGGAUCAGCGCUCCCAGGAACCUGAUCCUCGCCCCAAAUGAGACAGGCAUCUUGACAUGUCGAGUCAGCGGAGAACCCAAACCAAAGAUCACCUGGUUUGUCAAUGGAGUCUCCAUAGAGAGUGAGUGAAAUGAUAUUAGGUUUUUCUCAAAUGUUAGACAGAACCAAGUUAAAGAAAUAUUCAGAGUUGGUCAGAACUCAACAAGCAAUUCUGUACAUUUUACUGUACCGUUUUUUUGUAAUAGAUGCACCAGAGGACCACAGUCGAAAAGUGGAAGGAGACACUGUGAUUCUCAGCAAUGUACAGUCAGGAUCAAGUGCUGUCUAUCAGUGCAAUGCAUCCAACGAGUUUGGUUACCUGUUAGCGAACGCUUUUGUCAAUGUUCUUGGUGAGUGAAACCAUUGCAUUGAAUUUUUACAUUUGAUAUGCCAAAGUUUUAAAAAAUGUGAAUACACUGAUCAGUUUGUGUGACUAUUGAGAUGUUGUGUGUCUUCCUACAGCUGAGCCACCAAGGGUGCUCACACCACCCAACAGAGUGUACCAGGUCAUCACCAACAACCCUGCAUUACUUCACUGUGCCUCCUUUGGCUCCCCAAUACCAAUCAUCACAUGGUGAGGUCCAGAUUUUGGAUCGUUUCUUGGAUCAUAUCGGACAAAGAUUUAAAACACAUCUGAUUAAUGCAUCUGCAAAACUGUAUGAAAAUUGAGGUCCUAGCCUGCACUGAAACCUGGAUCCACCCAGAAAACACCAGCUGCAACCCUACAUUUUCUGUCAACAUUCUUGUGUCCACAGUCUCAAAUCUGGUCUCUGAGUUCAUGCACAACAAUGACCUAUUUGAUCCAAAUCAGUCUGGCUUUUGACAGGGCUACCCUAUUAAAACUGCUCCUCUAUAAUGAAGCAGCUGUGAUUGGCUAGAACUGUUCUAACUUGUAUUGCCGCAAGAACUAUUAGCAGCCUUUGGCACAGUGAACCACCAAUUCCUCCUCUCCACACUCACUGAACUUGGUAUCUGUGGAUCUGCCCUUUGUUAGUUUCCUACCUCACAGGGAGAUCUUUUGUAGAAGAGGAGAGUCUGAACAACACUGCUUAACAGGGGUGCCUCAAGAGUCAGUGCUUGGACCCCUCCUUUUCUCUGUAUGCACUCCCAUCAUUUCUUAUAUCACCGAGUCUCGGUCUAGAUUUUGUCAGGCCUGGCUGCUGUUGACCAACUAACCUUUACGAACUUUCAGAUGUACAUUUGGAAAAACAGUGUCUGAAAAUUUUAACACCUGCCAUCAGAAUAUUCAAUGAUGUUAUGGUCUUUCCCUGUUGCUGUGCAGGUUCAAAGACAGUCAAACCAGCAUUAAGAAUGGUGACCCAUAUGUGAUCCAUGAAAAUGGCACAUUAGAGAUCCAUGUGGCUCAGCCCUCCAACAGUGGGAAGUACACCUGCAUUGCCACCAACAACCUGGGGAUCAAGGAGAACCACGUGUACUUGGAGGUUAAAGGUCAGAUAAAGACCAGAAUAAACUAAAUGUCCUGACUAGAAGCUCAUAAGGAAAUUUUAUAUGGGGGCUAAUUUUUUUUUUUUUUUUCCAUCUUUAGAGCCAACCCGUAUCCUUAAGCAGCCAGAGUACAAGGUGGUUCAAAGAGGAAUGGGCGCCACAUUUGAGUGUAAAGUCAAACAUGACCCAUCCCUCAUUCCCACCAUGACCUGGCUCAAAGACAAUGGAGAGCUUCCUGAUGAUGAGAGGUACAGCACUUACGAUAUAAACCCCAAACAGCAUCUGUUCAAAUGUGAGGACGGUAAAAGCAGCAUGAUUGUGAUAUUCUUCCCUCAGGUUCAUCGUGGACACAGACAGUCUGACUAUAAAAGAUGUGACAGAUGGAGAUGAAGGCACUUACACCUGCAUCAUGAACACCACCCUGGACCAGGACUCAGCCAGUGCUAUGCUUACUGUCGUAGGUGGGUGUAUAGUUGAAUCUGGAGUUAAAAUGUUUUUGGUUAGAUAAGUAUGCAUUUUAGAUUUGUCAUUUUGAACUCUAAAAAACAGAAAAUUGAAAGGGCAAAAUAACAGUAAAAAAGAAAACUGAGAAAACUAUUGACAUAAGCCUCUUCUUUGGGACUGUACUCUACGUCACUCCAAGAAGAAGGCCAUCAAUGUCAUUUAAUAAUCAAAUAUUGGGUUUGCAUCUUCCUUAAAUUGAAGGAGUGGAUCCAAACUUUGUCAAAGUGCCUCAGUUUGUCUUAUGAGCCAAAUUUUCCCCAAAUGAAUUGGACCAUUUCUUCCAGCCACAGUUUUCACAGGAGCACCUUCUCAGAUCUGUUUCUUUGCUGUGAUUAGACUGCAGGGUAGCAGUUGUUGUUGACAUGUGUUAAUUAUCUUAUUCUGACGGUACAUAUUUAAUGACUCAGCUCUAUCCCAAUCUACAUCACCCUUUUAACCACAUUUAGUAUCUUUAACUGUCUCCUUACCACAGUAUUUUCCUGCCAAUGACAUUUCCAAACCUUUUACUGACAUCUAAUUUCUUCUAUUUUACUCUUGUUUCUUGCUGUCUCAGAGGCUACUCCUACUCCAGCUAUUGUCUACGGUAAACUUUGUCCAUAAAUCCGGAUUUAAAAGCUUUUUUUCCAGUCUUAUUUUUCAACUAAGUAGUUUCCAUUUCACCCUGGUUUUUAGUUGAUGUUGGUUUAGGUCUUUGUUUUUGCCAUAAACCAUGCUUUUAUUGUCCAUGUGCAGUAUUAUUGUAUUUUUUUAAAUGUCUGAAGUUACUUAUCCUUCACAUGUUUGAAUUACAUGACCUUUGCAUGUCAUUAGUUCACUCUCACAGGUGUUUCUGAUUAGACCUCUCUGCUGGUGCAGAGCAGGUGCAGCCUGACUGAUUACAGAGGGCUAAUCAGUCAGGAUUGGAAACACCUGGUGGAGCCUUCCCAAUCUUAAAAUGUUUGAUAGUGUUAAAAAAAAAGUCACUCAUGUGAUUAAACAGAAAACUAGACAAACUGCCCGUAGUUUAUCAUUAAAUAUUGGAGAACUUGUUUCUGAACCUUCGGGCACAAUCGAUUGUCUUUAGUUAAAGUUUAGAAACAUUAAAGUCAGUUAAAGACUCUUUGUUUUGGCAACUAUUUUACUACAGUUAUCCCAGAUAAAGCAUUCUGGACAGCUUUUUUCAAGUACAUGUCAGUCUUUUUCCGUUGAUUGAAUUAGCCAAGAAAACGUAAAUCCAGGUGUUUAAGGUUUAGCCACAGCUGUAUUUCUAGCAGAUACAGGAGUUUAAUUUCUUUGUUGGUUUUGGGCUUGUUUUUGUGUUUGCAGAGAAACCUGACCCUCCGACUGACCUGGAACUGACCGACCAGACAGAGAGAACCGUUCAGCUCACCUGGGUGUCAGGAGAUGAGCACAAUAGUCCCACACAAAGUAUGAAAUGCUGCAAUCUUAAACAUGAAACAUAAAAUCUGGCACUCUCACAUCCCCCAAAAAAUCCCACAUCUAAAGGCCAUAUGUACACAUGUAGCCGGGUAUUUUUAUAAAUGAAUAUCCAACCCCCUCAGUUUUAAAAAAAAGUCACAUACACACAUCAUUUCAAAUAAAAUACCAUCCACACAAAACCGCAAAAGUGUGCGCGGUUGUAAGCAUGCUAGACCUGGACUUGGGAGUCUAUCCAAUCAAAGCAAGCUACCCUUUCUCGUCAUCACUUCUCCAAACAUGAAACAUAGCACUGUGUAGUUUGUUCAUGUGGACCAACAAAGAGGUGGAAUUGCUUUUGUCCACUGCCUGACAUAAACAAAAGCACAUAUUAUAGGACGUUUAUCGAUUAGUUGUUGCAGACACUGACACAGGCCGAAACGUACAAAAAAAUAUUAAUUCUAGCAGAUACCCGGCUACAUGUGUACAUGGCCAUAGUCAGCUGCUUCUGUCAGUCAUGAACACAUCUUGACGAUAUUUUCAAUGUUUGAUAUAUCUGCUCCUGAAAUGAAGUCUCAAACUUUAUUUUCCCCUCUCAUCUUCUUUAGAGUUUCUGAUCCAAUAUGAGGAUCUUCUCCACCAGCCAGGAUUCUGGGUAAACCUCACAGAGGUUGCUGGUACGAGCACCACAGCACAGUUACGCCUCUCUCCAUACGUCUACUACUCCUUCAGAGUCCUGGCUCUCAAUCAUGUCGGUUACAGCGAGCCAAGCCAACCUUCAAGCCAAUAUCGGACCAACCCUGCAGGUGAUGAGCGUACCUUAAAAACACAAAGGUACCCCGACAUGUGAAAUAUUCAAAUAUAUUUAAGUUUUUUUUUUGUUGUUUUUUUGUAGCUCCUGAUGAAAAUCCUUCAAAUGUUCAGGGAUUAGGAACAGAAACUGGGAACAUCGUCAUCUCCUGGACAGUAAGAAAAACCUUUGACAGAUGAAAGCUCAUUUUUGACCUGUAGAGGAGUGUCUUUAAUUUCAGUGAGUGAAAAUGACAUUUCUCUGUACAGCCUUUGACAGGGUUUCAGUCUAAUGGGCCCAAUCUGGAGUACAAAGUGCAGUGGAGACAGAAGGAUGUGAAUGAGGACUGGGAGUCAAAGACGGUAGCCAAUGUUUCCCAGUUUGUCGUGACUGGAACUCCAACCUAUGCACCGUUUGAGAUCAAGGUCCAAGCUUUGAAUGAUUAUGGAAGUGGUCCAGAGCCUGAGGUUGUGAUCGGGUACUCUGGAGAGGACUGUAAGUGGAUCACAUAUCAGGGUUUGAUUGAAUGUUUGAAACCGCUGCGCUUGACGGCUGAACCGUAUCAUUUUUGAGAUUGUAAUUUUCACUGAACUCAUGUGGCAGGUUGGGUUAAGUCAUAUUCUUUUAUAUCAUGUUUACACAGGUUUUCAGUGGUAUGAGAGAAUGCCAAACUCUUGUUUUUUGGACUGAUUUGAGUCUUGCUCUUUUGUUUUUCUGCUCUCAAGUGCCCUCGUCUGCUCCGGAUAGUGUUCAGAUCAUGGUUCACAACAGCACUCUUGCAGAGGUUCACUGGGAGCCUGUACCUUUUACAUCCGUCAGAGGCAAACUGCAGGGAUACAAGGUACUUCUUUGAUAAAUGGUUAUUUCGAAAUCUUGUUUGUUUUAAUACUUGAAGGGGCACUGAUACCACUUGAUGACAAAAUGCAAACAAACGGUACAAGGAAUACAGACAAUGUUCCUAACUCUGUCAUGCAGUUUUUGCACCUACAGGUUAAACGUGGGUGAAAAACUAUCUAAUGUUAAUUUUGCUCUGCAGUUGAUUCCAAGACUGCAGCACCAAGCGACAAGCAAACUGUCAGAAAGCAUAGCCUGAUAAAUCAAGUAUUCUGAUUUUGAUGAUUCUGAUAAACUUACCAUGAGAUGUGAGAACACAUCCUCUCAGAAAGUUGUACCUCCAUCUUGGAAAUUUCAAAAUAAAGUUCAAAUCAAACAGCACUACAAUCUACCUUGUAGAUACAACCAAAACUAGAGAGUUAUCUUAUAAAAAUGAAACCAAGCAAGAACUCACAUUUAUGGACCUAUCCGAGGAAACGUAUUCGUCCUUUUUAAAGUGAAAACCCAGACAUCAUUGUGUUUUAUUUUGGUAGAGUGUGCUGUUGCUCCUACUUCCUUAGAGGUUGUCCAUCCAUGUGUUAACUCCUCAUUAGAUAAUCAAUAUCAGGUGAGAGGGUUUAUAAAGGUAGAGCUCACCUUUCGUCUGUAAAGUCUGAACUGAGGUGUUUGCUGCUGAAAUGAGAGGACGUUGAGUUGAGCUUGAUCCUAAAACUAGACCCUGAACAUGCUGAUUAAUUCAAACUCACAUGCAGAUAUUUAUUGCUUUGUUUGCACAGGCAUGAACCACAAAGCAAUAUCAAACUUUAAAAACACUAUUAAAAGAAGUUCUACCUCGGUAGUUCUGUAGGAACCUUCUCUGAGCAACUCUUAGCGAGAAGGGAACAGAAACUUGGUGUUUCGCUGUCAUUAGCUGCAUUUACAUGGGCUUUGGUCGGAAAAAAAAUGCAUCAUGUAAACAUCUCGAUCAGAAGAUUCUGAUACAAUUCAUCUCAAUCGGAAAGAAAUUGUGCUCCGAUCGAGAAUGGUGGUUUAUGACGAUCAUUAUUCGAAAUGCAUCCAUGUAAACGCUUUUUCCGAUUGUGACUCUCUUACCUGACUCGAUCUUCACUCUUUAGCCUUUGGCUCAUUUAUUGAGGUCAGUACUGGAGGUUUUAUUUUUAACACUUUGGCAUGAAACAUAACCACAGGUGCUGUCGUGUCUGCUCCUCCGGUAACAUAACAAGGCGUACAUACAGCGUAAUGAUGUCACAUCUUCACACACAGAGCAACCUUUGACAGAACAGUAGAAUAAGUACGCAAGGGCACCAUCACUUCAUUAACUCACUUUCACUGAUUUCUCCAAUGUCAGUGUCUUUUUACAGUUUUCCACUCUGCUUAGGAAACCCUUUGGUCUUUUAAAAGUGUCCUUAACUGCUAACAUUUUUUUACCUUGAGAACUCUCUUGAGGACUAAGGUGCUUUGUGAAAAACUCAGGAUCUACUUUACCUGGAAAUUUGUCUCUUAAAAAAGCGUUUUGUACAAAGCAGCUCGACAAAAUAAAGCUACUCGUGUUUCCUCUAGGUGUACUACCACCGUGAGCGAGGCUUGCAUGAGACCGAGGGCGAGACAGAGCAGCAGGAGGAGCAGGUUCUGACGUUCAGUGGGAACCGCAGUGAGGGGCGCUUGCCGGGCCUCCAGCCCUACAGUGUCUACAACCUCUCUAUCAGGGUCCUCAACAGCAAAGGAGAGGGACCCCCAAGUCAGAGCAAGAAAUUUGAGACACCUGAGGGAGGUGUGUGUGGCUGAUGUUCUUAGUUUCCUUUGAGAAGUUGAUCUGUUUUAUUGUAUGAGUUUGUUUUUUUACAUGCUGUGUUCCUGUAUAAACAUUUGCAGUAAAAGCCCCUUUAAGGAACUACCCUUUGAACUGACUGCAACCCACUCGAACUUAUCUAGUUUACACCCUGAAAAUCACACUCAAGCAUCAAGUUCAAUGUUCAAUCAUGUUUCAAUAAACGCUGAAUAGUACCACCGAUUUUGUGUUGCAACAUCUGAGUUUUACUCUGUUUUUGGCUUUCUUUUCAGUUCCUGGACCUCCUUCCUUCCUGAAAAUUAUGAAUCCCAGUUUGGACUCGGUCACUCUGAAAUGGGGCCCACCAGAAAAGAACAAUGGACGCCUUGCUGGAUACACACUGAAAUACCAACCAGGUAGACUUACAGUCUGAUGGGCUCCGUGAAGUAUCAUGUGACAUCUUUGCAAAGGGAAACUAUAAUAAGCAACUCCCAGUUCUCUGAUUUUACUUCUUUUCUGUCCUCUUUAGUCAACAACUCCAAUGAACUCGGACCAGUUCGAGUCAUGACGUUCCCCCCCAAUGAGACAUCCACCACCCUGGCCAACUUAAACUCCAGCAUGCGCUAUAAGUUUUACCUGAGUGCAAAGACAAUCAAGGGCUCUGGCCCGUCAAUCACAGAGGAGGCCUUCACUGUCAUGGACACUGGUGAGCUGUUCAGUUUUAUUUCGCUUCUUUUACAGCAAAUUACAAUCAAUCCCAAAAAAGACAAGCCCUUUACGUCAGGCAUUUUGGGAAACAAAUCACAGGUCUAUCGUCGGAUUCUGAUACUUGGAUCUCUUAGGAUCUUAAAAGCGUACAAAUAUGAGGUCCAGAUGCUUUCAGCGCCUUAUACCUUUUCUAUUUCUGUUUCUUUUUUUCCUCUUUGAAGCUCAUACUCAGCCUACCGUAGUGGCAGGCAAAGGUAACCGGAGUUGCCACUGGGAGCAGCUGCAUGUUCAUAUCAUCAGAUAUUAGAAACAUAAAACUAACUUAGGAUAGACAAUGUUCAUCCCUGCAUGUUACAAAGCUAGCAUGUGUAAAAGAAACAACAAACAAAAAAAAAACAGGGUUUACAUGUGACAAACUUCCAUGGCAUCUGCAAGCCGCCGUACCUGAGAGACAAGGAUGCACUGAAUGCAGCAUCAUUAACGAAACUGAAUUUUAACAGCUGUUUGCAGUAUACCUGCCAUGCUUUUACCCUCUCUUCUAAUGAAGCAGCUCUCAUUAGAAGCCACUCGCAUGAUACUUGUGAAUUCAUCAGUUUCUCCUCUAACUUGUCUUAUUCACCUGCUGAUGCUACAGUAGACAAGAAUGUAUGAACAAGUGGAAUAUAGUUUGAAUAAUAUGCAUGCUGCUUCACUCGGCAUGUCGGUAGCAAAACAAUGUAAGUCACUGUCUAUGCAGCGGGUAUCUGUGUUGUCUCACUUUUUUCCAUGUUCUUUCAGGCCUCACAGAGCCCCCUCACCCAACCUCCCCCAUCACUCAGUCUCCGCAUCCCCCUCUUCACAAGGGUACAAGCACUCCCUGUGUCCCCUUCUCCCUCCCCCUUGUAACUACACAUGAUCUGUCCUGCCGUGAAUAGUUCAUCUUAGCCUCUCAGAUAUUACGUUAUGAAUUGGAAACAAAAAUUUGAUCUUAUGCUAUCCCACUCUGUAAUUUGGCAAAUAAUUGGAAACUGAUUUCUGUGGGAUUUGUUUCAUUUAUUCUGGUGUAUUUUGACUUGUUUUAAGACAAAAGGCUCAAAUCUUUAAUGGAAAAAUAAAAAUAAAUAAAUGAAGUUAUAGAAACAAUUCAAAUCCAUAAGAGCCAUUAAAAGAAAUCAGGGAUUAGGAAAGAAGGCAGUAUAAAGAAAUUGGAUGGGAUUAAAAUAAAAAAUAGGCCAAUAAAGAGCAAUAAGAAAACUGUGAAAUUUAAAAGUAAGUCUCAAAGUGGGUUUUAAGUCAUUCACAUUAUGUUACUGAUGCAGUUUUACAUUUUUAAAGCAAUUAAGAAACAAAAACUGAGUUCCUUUCCACCUUUAAAUUUCAAAAGUUAAAGUAAAGCUUGUGUGUUUCUUUUUUAAAAAAAGGACAAUUUCUUACAACUCUGAUGAUUUUGUAGACAUAAAACUUUAACUGAGUGGACUAAAUUUAGCUGGUCAUGUUUAGCACCAGAUAUUGUGAGAUGUUGACUCGUAUUUAUGUGCUGUGAUGACUUGAGUAGGUCAGAUGGUUUUGUAAGUUUGAAAUGAAAACGUGUGAUUUUCUCUCUCCUGUGUGUUUAGCGCCGCCUGUAGGCCCUGCGUUUGGCACAGUUAACACGUCCGUAUCGGAGGAGGGUGCAGUGAUCAGUUGGGAUUACUUUGGACAUCAUAAGAAUGUUUAUGUGGAAUAUAGUGUAGAAAACAGUAAGGCUUUACUUUGUAUUUGCAGAGAUAAUCUUAAUAACACAUCAGCCACCAUUCAUACCAGUGUUUUCCUGAAGGACUUCCCUUUGUUAACCCCUCUCCAUUCACCACACCUGUUCCAGGUAAAGAGGACUGGAAAAAGGAGUUGGUAAACGGUUCACACUGGCAUAUGAUAAAAGGUUUAAAGCCGGGAACAUCUUAUAAGGUGCGGGUGGUAGCUAGAGACCCGGCUGACCCGACGGUCCACAAGACAGAUGAGGUGGUGGUUACUGUGCCAGGUGAGGCGGCAUGCCUCGGGAUGGAUGUCUUCACCUUUAAUUUAUUGUCUCGUUCCCAUCCCCAUGAUGUUGAUAGACAUUAAAAACGUAGAAUCAGACUUGAAUGUACUGUACAGUCUUUAGUUUGCUGGUUAGUGUACAAGCAUGAUGCCAGCAAACUGAUGUGAUGCAAGUCAAUAACAUCAUCUGUGUCAAUUAAAUCAUUAAUAAUUCAUGUUAAUUCAAUCCAUAAUGAGAUGUCCAGUGUUUUACAGUCCUGAGUUUUGAUUUUCUUUCCUUUUGUUGGUUGACAGCACCUUAACACUCAUCUCAAAUUAACCCUUUUUAAAUUUCAUUCCUCUGUUUACAGCUUGUCUUAAUGUCAGUGUUGUCCAGCAUGAAGAGUCCGACAUUUAAGCAGCCUGCGUUAUGUUUAAGACUCUCACACUCACUUUGUUUACCAUCUUUCUGCCUCCUCUUUCUAUCCGUAGCUGUACCCAGCCGACAGGUAGACAUCGCCACCCAGGGCUGGUUUAUCGGGCUGAUGUGUGCCAUCGCUCUGCUCAUCUUAGUCCUUCUCAUAGUGUGCUUUAUAAAGAGGAACAAGGGUGGAAAAUAUCCAGGUAAUCCAGAUAUUAACCUCGCAUACUGUAACUAAAGCAUGUGUCUCUGGAAACUCAUGAAAAAUGUGCUACCUGCAGUAAAAGAGAAAGAAGAUGCUCACCAAGACCCAGAAAUCCAGCCUAUGAAGGAGGAUGACGGGACAUUUGGGGAGUACAGGUAAGACUUGUGUUAAAGUCAGAAAAAUCAGGGCUGCAGCACACGUUUUUGAUUCAUUGUGUCCUGACUUGACUGUUUGUACGUAGAACAUUUGACCAGGCUGCGGAGACACUCUCCUCACCAGACUCCAUUACCAAACACUCCAUAGAGGCAAGGCGAAUAAGAACCUCACCUGUGUGUUGUAUCAACUCACUACAUACCCGCCACCUAAUCUUCAAAAGCUUAAUAUAACACUAAAUAUGUCCUUAUUAACAAGUAGUUUCAUCUCUGGCAUAAGCGAGUGUGUCCUAACUGUUGUAGAAACACGUAAAACAAAACCCAUCUAGGUUAUUUCAUCCCAUUGUUCACAUUUUUCAGCUGAUGUACCUCACAAAAAUGGGGACUGGACUUAAACUUGUAGGAAGGAAACAGGUCACAGUACUGCUAUAAGUUGAGAGAUGCAAGUGUCAGGGGUGGAUUCGGGGUUUAUCUUGGGGUGCCCCAGCCCCAGGAGCCCCCGCGCCCCACAAUUUGAUACUACACCCCAAAAUCAUAAACUGUCUUACUCCUCUUAUAAUCAACUUGCUGUUAGUAAAAGUGCUGUGUGAAGCUUUCUUUGUAAACCAGGACGCACAUUUUCAAUCAUGACUUUAAACAAUUGUUUCCUUUGAGUUCAUAAAGAUUUAAAGUUACUUUUCAGCUCACUAAUAUUAAUAUCUAAUAAGAUGAAUUAAAAGGUAGCCAAAUAUCAAAAUGAAUUAAAAAAAUGAAUAUUUUCUUAAUCAAAUAAUCCCUUCUUGGAGUAUACAGUUUUAUUUUAGUGAUACUUGACUUGUCCUAGUGGCCAAAAACUUUAGAGUUGACACAGCCACACAGAAAGUGUGCCUUUCUCUGGUCCCUCAGUACAAAAGCAUUAAGAUAGAUGGAAACAGACAGGAAGCAGAAGCCAGGGCAUGACCAGGAUUUUUAAUUGGGCACCUUUCUUCAGCAGUGUUAGGUGAAGUUAGGCCCAUGGUACCCUAGGCUCAAUAGUCAGCUCCAGCACCUCAAAACUGCACCCUUCCAUGCUGGUUCUCACCUCCAGCCAUACCCUUCCCACUAACAUAACAAAGAGAGGAGACAAAGUCAGAAAAGCAUGAAGACAGAUGCUAGAAAGAGGACAGGAUACCGUUUCAAUCUUACUGUGUUAGGCUGCACACCUUAUUGAGAUUCACUGACUCACUUUUAAAUCAGGUAGUUGCUUUGAAUGACUGACCUGUGUUUGGACUUAAUGUUGCCGUCAUUGUGCUUCAAAUGUUCCAUAUGCAUGCUUUGUUUUGUCUGUGUUUAAGAAAAGGAUGGACCUUCAUUGUGGCUUGUGAAUUGCUUUUCAUGUGUGCUUCCAUUCUUAUCUUUGUUUUGGCUUGUUUAGGUCUAUAGAGAGGUAAGAAAAGACAUGGUGAAAUUCAGCAUGCAUGCAACCCAUGACUCUGACUUUAGUGAAACUGAAAGCAAGAAGAAAGCACAUCGACUGAUCUGGUUAACAAUGUCAUCAUAAUCACUGGCAUAGACAACAUUGUAACACUUACAGCAGCAUCAAACACAGAUUUAACGAUAAAUUAGCUUUAACAUUUUAGCUCCUUUAGUUUGAUUUCUAUUAAUACAACUGCAUUGAGCCCACAAUAGAGUGGGGAUAAAUUAGAUCUGAUAGAUGAUCUCACAUCCUGUCGAUUUGAAUAGUUAGUCCUUUCAAAAUAAUGUGCAUACUGAUCUAUGGUAACAGGUUUGAUCUUUCUGUAUAAAAUGAUAAAUAUUGGUGCAUUUUUGAUCAUUGCAUGUAAACGAAGCAUUUUGGAUGAUUCGGUUGCAGAGAUUUUGUACAAAGGUAAAGUAUUGCAAGUAACUGAACAGCCUGCAUUUGCAAAAAUCCUCUUUUACAGUGGUCACCAACCCUUAAUCUAAACAGCACCAGUGUUUAAAUAGCACUAACAGUCAGAUAGUAUUUUAUAGUUUGUAUGCAGCUGAGCAUCUACACUGUACAAAAAGCAUAAGGUAUGAUGUUCCAGGUUGUCCAGUAUGAUACAAAAUAUCAUGAAAACAAAUACUGAGCAGUUGUGUAGGUGUGAUCUAAGUAUAACCUCAGCUGUAGAUGGUGUCAGGCCUUUAUUUAAAGCAGGCUUGUAUUUAUGGUGCACAUUUAUUUCUAAUGACCUCUGUUUGAUUAGUUAAACAGCUUCAGCAAAUUCAACCCUUUAUGCAUCAGUCAAACAAAAAAAAUAAUAAUCAGUUCAUUUAUUAUCAAGGCUUUUAUUUUGAAAAAUCCCAGCACCUUAGCAGCAAGUUUCAGCAUUGAAAAGUGAAGCCAUUGUAGCCUUAAAAAAACUGCAGUUCCUUGAGUGCCCACUUGAGGCUGCCUCCAAGGAAAAGCCAAAGAGUCAGUGGGCACAGGCUCUAAAACAGCAGUUCUUGUAGUGAUGGUGCCCACAACCUCACUUUGAAAGAACCUCUCAUGGGCAUGUUUCUUGGUUUGUGAAAGUUGACCCACUUUCGAUUUGUAGUGAAUGUUUAAAGUUUUUCAAUCUGUGCUCUACAUUUUCUGUGAAUAUAACUGCAACAAUUUGCUUCCAGCCUGUGGCCCCAAAUUUCCUGCUCUGUCUACUGACCGAUUCACUCUGAAUAAAGGCAAAUCACCUGAAAAUUAUUUAAUAGUUGUGUGGUGUAUGUUUGUACAGACCACAGCCAUUGUUGUUGACAAAGUCAAUAUCAGAUGGAGAAGUGACAUUGACAAGCACAGGGCUGUUCCACAACAUCACAUAUCUCAAACAGAGGGUGCUAGGUCAUUAUUAUGACAACAAUAAGGGGAAAGAGACUGUGUUUAAGUCCCCCUUAAAGCCUUUUUAUACCACAUUCACUCAUUCACUCCACACUCAUGUACUGAUGGUAGAAGCGUCCAUCAGUAUAAAUUAAUCCCUCUUACUCAGAUCCUGUUGAUUAUUCUCUGCCCCUGACUUUGUUUGACCAGCAGCUUCUGAUUCAGGGGGUACGCUACAUGUUUUUUGUACAGUGGAAAAGCCAGACUGCUCAUGUCAUGUGCUUGUGUAACAGCCUGCCCUCUUGAGUAACUCAAGGUUUCUGACCACUGAAAAAAAGAAAUCUCAGCUUUAUGAAUUUCCCCUCAUCGUUUUCCUUCCCUUCACAGUGACACGGAGGACCACAAGCCGUUAAAGGGCAGCCGGACGCCAUCCAAUGGGACAGUGCGCAGAGAUGAAAGUGACGACAGCCUGGUGGAUUAUGGGGAGGGCGGGGAUGGACAGUUUAAUGAAGACGGCUCCUUUAUCGGCCAGUACAGCGGCAAGAAAGAAAAAGACACACAUGAAGGCAACGAGAGUUCGGAGGCCCCGUCGCCUGUCAAUGCCAUGAACUCAUUUGUCUAACGGUGGGAGGCGGCCUGGCUGCGACAGUUGCUAUGGCCACUCCUUGUCACCCUGGCAAAUGUGACCAUGGGCGCCGCCUCGGUGGUGACAGUUGCUAAGGUGACAGUCGAUGUGGACGCCUUCCUCUAAACAUGGCGGCUGUCACUGAGACUGCUGACACCCUCAUCUUCAGUCCCCCUGUCACACUGUGACCUCUGAUCAACACACACUCAACAUGGAAAAGACUGACACCGCAUCCCCCAUGACCAUUAAAAGAAGGUGUUGUGGAAGGAGGGAUGUGAGGACUCUGAGGAGAGAGAAGGAGAGAGGAAGCAAUACAGAAAAGCUGAAGGAAUGUACCUGAAAGAGUUUUACCACUCAGACUGAGCAGAAGUGUGGCCAAGCGUGUGUGUUAGUGCCAUAAUAUCUUUGCAAACAUUCUGCUACAUGUAUCUGAAUAUAUAUUUUGUCUAAGUACAGUACACCACCUGCAGGCUGGCCAAUAUGCAUCCAAUCCCACUCAUCUGCAUGGAAAAAAAAAUCAUGGUCCUAUUAUGCAUUUUAUCAUCCUUGUGUAAGCUGUUGCAGAGGUGAGCUGCGUGUCAGGACUGUAUAUGGUGCACGCCUGGAUAUGUCUCAUUGUUUUUCAUUUUUUUCGGUCAAAGUGUUGAACGGUGUAUGAUAUGAAGAGAAAAAAAACAGCAGCAGUCUCUUUGUGGACACUGCUGUGAAAAUGCGUGACAUAUAUUAGAAGGUAGCGUUUGUCUUUUUGAGACAGAUGAACUGUUUGUACAUAUGUAAUAGAAAAAUAAGAGAUCUAUAUUCUAAGGUCAGGGAUGUCCGUUUGUAGUCUUUGGAGACCUGGCCAGAAACACUUUGAACUCUGCUUUGAGUCACUCCUAACCACACCAGCCAGCCAGAACUCCUACAUCUUCUCCACGUCGGCCUGUUUCUGGUUUUCUCGAGCUUGCUCUUUCCUCUUUUUUCUUUCACAGUUUUGUUCCUUGAUAACAAUCCUAUGCUUGUUUUUCCUGAGCACUAACCAAACACAAGUGGAGGUGUGAUCCAUCUGCUGUCACUGUCGAGUGCUUUCAUUUCAAUUCCUGAGCCACUGUGCGAGGCUUUCCUUUCCUUUAUCACGCUGUUGUAGGAAUUUAAGGCUACCCAAAUGUUGUCUCGAAUAGCAUUUCCGCUUAUUUGCUAUGUAUUCUAGCAGGAAGGAGAGAAAAGAUGUUACGUUCCAGAACCUUUCAGCACGGUUUCUAGUGCCUUUGUAGAGGACAGUGACUCAGAUCCACAUAAAUACAUCCCUCCUCAUAGUCAGGACACACAUGAGCUCAGUGCAGACCAUCUAUAUCAUGUACAUAGUGCACUCAAAAUACUAUCACACUUACCCUGACAUCACUCUAAGGCUAUUUGAAAAUUCAAAACUACAUUAAAGUCAUAAAAAGGUCCGAAGGGUUCAGUUGAUGUUGAAAAGGUGAUUUCAUAAAGUCAGCUUAAGAAUAAACAAGCUGUAUGCCAUAGCGUUUUGUAAAUUUUAGCGAACUAUGUGGGAUAAUUAGCUUCGUUUAGCUUCUUAAAGUCUCCGAAAUAGCUUCAAAAAUAUUGAAAUUUAUUUUAAAAACUGACUUUUAAAAUGAGCUUUUCACAGUGGGGUUUUAUUUGAGGGGAACUUUACAGCUGGAUUGUUAUGGCUUUGUUGACAAUCAUACACUCAUAUGUACAGGCAUACAAACAGACUACCAAAUCAUACCAUCCAGUCAAGAAUCAGAGGCAGAUGAAAUUAACGGUAAACCUGGUUAGAGCAUGAGUGCUUCAUGAGAUGUCUUCAUGUCACACCCAUUCACACUGAGGAGGAGCCGCUGCUCAGCAGCACCAACUACUGCCAACCUGCUCACCAGGUAACUGCCAACAGGAACCAGAUUCACCAUCUGGCGCAGACUCUUAUCAGGGCGGGACUUUCUGUUAUAGGUAGCACUUAGAAAUAAAAGGGUCGCAAAUCUGCGUGAUGAUACUGAAUGUGGAAACAAGUGUUAUCUGUUAAUGUGAAUGAAAAUACAAACUGCUUGUUUCACUAAAAAACUGUCAACACACUGGUGACUUUUGGUUUAUGCAUUUAACCUCCUGUCUGUGAAUGUCAGGGCAGCACUCUGUGAGUUUUUCUAUUACUGUAAAUGAAUGAAGCUUGUGUGAGAAUGCUUGGGUGCAUGAGCCUGUGUGUAAGUGCGUGCGUGUGUGUGAGAGUGUGUGUGUGUGAAGCACAUGCAUGCUAUCGUGUUACAGUGUGUGUGGUGUAUACUUUCGCUUCAGUUUCCAUGGAUAACAGUCUAUGAGUCUGAUGUGUGUCCAGCAGUCAACUCUUACUCCCAGCAGGAGAUACAAGACUUUUCUUUCCUUUUUUUUUUUUUCUUUUUCAGGAAACAUUUCCACAUCUUACUUUUUAUCAUAACUUGCAUCAAGUUUUGAGGUUCAUGAUGCGUCAGCUUUUCACAUGUAGAUAUUUUUGUUGUAUUUUGUAAAUAACGGCUUGGAUUGAGCGUAGACUGGUUGAGAUCAGAGGUGAGAGCUCGGCCUCAAUCUACCCUGCUGCUUUAUGGGUAGGAGGGUAAAACUGGUGUUGCUUGAGAUGAGACUAUUUACAGUUUUCACUCUUUCAUUUGCUGUGAAAUUCUCCCUUUCUUUUUUUGUUUGAACUUGUCAGGUGAAUUUGCUAGCUCAAACGUUUAGCCUAUCAGGUAUCAAAGGAGAUUAUUUAACUUGUGACUGAGCUCUUGUGACACCUGUAAUGUUUCUGUCUCUGACAGUUCACGCACCUUUUCUGUAUUUUUUAUAAAAAGAUGCACACUCAAACAGGAGGAACCAUUUCAAAUACAUCUUGCUUCUAGUUUUCAACCACAUCUGGUGUGUGAAAUGAAGUCCUAAACUAGACAUAAGAUGAGACUGACAUCCUUUUUAAGAAUGUGCAUCAACAAAACUAAACAAAACAGUAAUUUGGAGCAUACACAAGGAUGGCCGGCCCGGACAGUUAAACAGACUGGCGCAUUGGAGUGUGAAUACCCUGGAAACAAUGUUCUGGUGAAUAUACAGUAGGCUUUACAGUAUAUGAUAUGAUAUAAUAUGACAUUCUGGUUAAUGUUGAAGUUAUGAGAAGCAUGAACGGCUGUCAAAAUGGUUUACCCUACAAUAUAAUAUUGCAAAAUAUUUUGUAUUUUAAAUGAAGUUUAAAAAAUGAAAUAAAUGUUGGUUUCAGGAUUUCACUU